AGCAGAUCUCUGUGUGAAGGGCUGGCCUAUGGGAGGGACAUCUUCAUCAUUGCAUUCCUUGGGUGCCCCUGCCUAGGCAGCAAUAAGGAGGGGAGAGUCACACAUGGCAGGCUGAGGUCAGCUGUCCUGACACAUACAAACAGGCUUACACUGGAUGAACACAGCAGCAUGCUGAUGCCAGUCUGUGAGCCAGCUCUGUUCUUCACACAUUGAGAGGGGGGACUCUACAUGUCUUCUGGGACAAUGAGGGACAGCAAAGCCAGCACUUGGAGGGGAGGCAAAGGUAAGAGGGGGUGAUGCUCAGUAAUAUAUGUCUAUGUUUGUUUUUGUGUGUGUAUUGACAUUGUUUGCUGCACCCAUUGCCAUGCCUUGCUCUGUUACAAUGUAACCAGUAAUACUGUCUCUGUCUGUGUGUACACUACGAAUGUUUACUAAACAUCUCUCUAGCCACUUCCUAUGGGAAGGUUCCCGUGCCAUCCUCAGCUCUGCCAGCUCUUGGCAGCCGGUGGUCUAUUUCCCUCCCUGUCUUCCUGGCUGUUGUCACCCUCCUUGCUGUGUGAGGGUCUCCCAGGCUGUGGAGGAUACACUGUGUUCGGAGAUGGAGUGUGGGUGACAAUGUGUCCAGGCUGUCUUUAUGGGGAUUGGAUGUAAACACAGAGAGAAGCCGCCCAGAUCCCUGUGUGUGUGUGCUGUCUCGCUCAUACUUAAUGGAGAGCGAUCUGUGGCUCCAGCAGGGUAAGAUGUACAAAGUUACAUACCGUUUGGAGGGAAGCGCAGUAUACCGAGUGCUCUUAGAGGCAAGUACCUCGAUACACGGUAUACAUAGAGCCUAGAGCACUGACUAAAGGAUGUUUACAUUUAUACUGAGGAAGGAUGCACAUUAUAGUAAUCACUGGUGUUCACAGGUUGGUGCGAUUGUCCACCACUUGCAUUAGAGAUUCCCAGUUCUCUCUCUCUCUCUUUUUAUAAGUUGCCAAGAUAUCAGAGUAUUGCAGUAUGCAAUGAUACCUUUUUUUAUUGGACUAACAUAAUAUUUCAAAGACAAGCUUUCGAGAGUUUUCGUUCUUCCUCAGGUCGAAAGCAAUGCCAAGGAAGAGAGGAAAGCUUGUUUUUGAAAUAUUAUGUUAGUCCAAUAAAAAAAUGUAUAAUUGCAUACUGCAAUGCUCUGCUAUUUUGGCAUAUAUACACUGUAUUUAUAAAUAAAUACACACACACACCUUAAUAAAUAUGGUGUAGAAUGGAUUAGCCAUAUUAGUACACACACACACACACACAGCCUUUUUUACAGCGCUAUGGAAUCUGUUGGCGCUAUAUUAAAAAAUAAUAAUAUAUAUAUGUGUGUGUGUGUCUGUGUAUAUAGAUAUUGUUGCAUUACUUAAUAUAUUAUAUAUAUAUAUAUAUAUAUAUGUAUAUAUAUGCAAUCUCAAGGGGUACUGCUUUCAUUAUCACCUUAAAAUUCUUUGCCGCGGUGCACUUCCAGCCUUCAAAUAUCAUACAUCAUACAUAUAUAGAAGAGUGUCUUCAGAAACCUUAUGUGCCAUUAUUUCCCCUUAAUACACGUUUCUGUGUUAUUCAUCUUUUAUAUUAAAUGAUUUUAGGGAUUGUGUUUUUGUCCUUUUUAACCAAAACAUACGACCCCCCCUCCCCCCCCCCGACUGAGAUUAAUGUGAGUUACACUCUUAUUAUUAUUAUUAUUAUUAUUAUUAUUAUGCCAUUUAUAUAGCGCCAUCAAAUUCCGCAGCAGUUUACAAUGGGUGGACGAACAGACAAGUAGUUGUAACCAGACAAGUUGGACACACAGGAACAGAGGGGUUGAGGGCCCUGCUCAAUGAGCUUACAUGCUAGACAUAGGCGUACGCAGCUUAUUGCAUUAGGGUGUGCACCCUAAAGCACAAGCACACGCCGCAAAUAUAUAUGUAUGUAUGUAUGUAUAUGUAUGUGUAUGUGUAUAUAUAUAUAUAUAUAUAUAUACACACAUACACACACUGCUGUGUGUGUGUGUGCUGUGUGAGGGUGCUGUUAGUGUGAUGUGUGUGUGUGACGGUGCUGGUAGUGUGCUAUGUGGGUGAGGGUGUUUGUGUGUGCGUGCUUGUGAGGAUGCUGCUAAUGUACUGUGUGUGAGGCUGCUGUUUGUGUGUGUGUGUGCGCUUGUGAGGGUGCUGUUAAUGUACUGUGUGUGAGGGUGCUGUUUGUGUGUGAGGGUACUGGUAGUGUGCUGUGUGUGUGUGUUUGUUAGGGUCCUGUUUGUGUUUGUGAGGGUACUGUUAGUGUGCUGUGUGUAUGUGAGGGUGCUGUUUGUGUGCUGCUGUGCAAGGGUGCUGUGUGUGUUUGUGAGGGUGCUGUAUGUGUGUGUGGGUGCUGUAUGUGUGUUGGUGCUGUAUGUCUGUGGGUGCUGUAUGUCUGUGGGUGCUGUAUGUCUGUGGGUGCUGUAUGUCUGUGGGUGCUGUCUGUGGGUGCUGUGUAUGUCUGUGGGUGCUGUGUAUGUCUGUGGGUGCUGUAUGUCUGUAGGUGUUGUAUGUCUGUGUGCUGUAUGUGUGGAGGUGGGGGUGCAUUACUUGCUAUCCCCCCUCCCUUCUUACCUUUUGUAGGGAGGGGGGAUCGUGCUGCUGAUUCCAUCCCUGGUGGUCCAGUGGAGAGUGAACUCUAGCCCCUGUGGGGCUAGAGUUCACUCUCGCGAGAUUUGAGCGUUGCCGUGGCAACGCUCAUAUCUCGCGAGAGGAACCCGGCGGAGCUGCCGGCAAUAGCUCCGCCGGGUCCUCUCCUGCCUCCCUCCCUGCAUGUGGGUCAGUGGGGAGGGAGGCUGAGAGCAGAGCCGGCGCUCGGAUAGCGCCGGCUCUGCAUGAGCCGACAGGGGAGAUCCUGAGAUCUCCCCUGCCGGUCUCAAUAUACAUAGGCAUCCUGCGGGGUUUAGGGUGUGCCCAGGCACACCCCGUGCCCACGCCUACGAUGCUAGAGCAUGGGUCGUCAACCUGUUCCCUACCGCCCACUAGUGGGCGUUUCAGAAUUCCAGGUGGGCGGUAGGGAUUUCCUCAUUUGGAGAGAUUGGGUGAGCAGGCAGGCGCGAGCCGGGCGGUACCCCUGCGACCGGGUACCGCCAUCACCAUUUGCGGCCCCGGGGGCAAACCUCCGGGGCCGCCGUCCAAGGGGUCCAUCGGGUGGCCCAUGCUGUCAGGGCCACCCGAUGGAUGUGGAUUGUGAGGGGGCCCGGUCAGCGAUGGGCGCUUUAACAGCGCGACCGGGCCCCCUGUGAUUACAUCACAGAGCUGGGAGGAAGUGACUGCACGUCACUCUUCCCAGCUAAAACUGAGAGCCGCGCGGGAGGAAGACCAGGGAGUCAGAGUAGGAACUCUGACUCCCAUCCACCUGAGCCACCACUGGACCCCAGGGAAAGUCACCCUCCUGCACUUAAAGGAAGGAAACAGGAAGGUGACUUAAAUAUAAUGUGUGUGUUUGUUUGUUUGUGUGUGUCUUUGUAUGUAUGUCUUGUGUGUGUGUCUUUGUAUGUAUGUCUUGUGUGUGUCUGUAUGUGUGUGUAUGUGUCUUUAUAUGUAUGUGUGUCUUAUGUAUGUGUCUUUGUAUGUAUGUCUUGUGUGUCUUGUCUUUGUAUGUAUGUGUUGUGUGUGUAUGUGUGUCUUAUGUAUGUGUCUGUAUGUGUGUCUUGUGUCUGUGUGUAUGUGUGUGUGUCUUUGUAUGUCUGUCUUAUGUGUGUGUCUGUGUGUAUGUUUGUAUGUAUGUGUUGUGUGUGUGUGUAUGUGUGCCUGUCUGUUUGUAUGUAUGUGUCGUAUAUGUGUCUGUCUGUGUGUCUGUCUGUAUGUAUGUGUGUGCCUGUCUGUUUGUAUGUAUGUGUCAUUGCAUGUGUGUCUUGUGUGUGUCUUGUAUGUGUGUCUGUCUGUUAUAGUUGGCUAUAGUAAGUGGGCUACCUAGCUCAGCCUUCCUACUGGUCAUUGCUAUAAGUAAGGUUAAAAAAUAGAAAAAAGGAAAACAAAAAGGUGGGGAGGGGAAUUGAGGAGAAAGAGGAGGGGAGCUGAUGCACAGAUGAGAAAUCAUAUUAUGCGCAAACAGAGAAGUCGUCUGAAUAUCACCGAAAGAGGAGACCUUCGUUUGUUCCUUACGAAAAUCGAUCCAGAUAUCAAAUAUUUAGUCUUGCAGCAUCAACCUCAAGGAUCUCAUUAAUCACUAGUAAAGGUAAUUUCAAUUUACUUUAUUGUUUUCUCAUGAAACUUUAUAAAGUUAAAAACAUUAUAAACAUGCAUUAUGUAGAAAUAAAAAGAUAAAUGUACGUACAUUUAUUUAUUUUUAAAACUCCCUCCUUUUUAAAAAAUAUUCUGCACUUGCGUGAAAACUGGUGGGCGGUAAGGAAAUUUUUCCAUCAAGAAAGAUGCAUUAGUGGGUGGUAGGAAGAAAAAGGUUGACUACCACUGUGCUAGUGGCAGUGGGGUAAAAUGACACAAAGAGGUAAGGAUAGUGUUAGACUAGUGACAGUUGCAGAAGAGGAGUCAGUCGGGAGCUAUUAACAGUUUAAUUGAUACGCUUUUAUGAAGAAGUGGGUUUUUAACGAUUUUUUGAAGGAGAGGAGACUGGGUGAGCAUCUAAUGGAGGAGGGAAGCGAGUUCCACAGGAACGGUGCAGCCCUCAAGAAAUCUUGAAGGCGAUCUUAGAUGGUAGCUACUGUUUGCGAUCUUAGAUGGUAGCUACUAUUUGCAGCUGCUGUAAUUAAUUCAGCCAUUAUUCAAGUUUGUCCUAGGCUUUCUUUAAAUUAGGGGCCAUAAAGUUUAACUGAACAUUAUGUGAGGUGUGAUUUGUCGUUUGAAAUAACAGACAGAUCAUGUAAUUAAAGGGAAACUCCAGAUUGCAAAAUUUAGAUUUUUGUUAAAUCUUACCUUUCAUUAGCUGCAGAACUGACUCCUUUUGAUUAUUCACUCCUUUUUUCACCAUCUUCAUUUUUCUCAUUAUUGAGUAUUGUCCAAACAAAUGCUUGUCACAGGAUAGAAUUGAGGACAAAAUUGCACAAGCACAACAGUCAGCCAAUCUGAUUCCUUUGGAAUCUUUAUUUAAGCAUCCGGUAAAACUCACCAUGUUCUCUAAAUGAAGCAGGCACAAAAUAAAAAGGUAAAUUGGCACCAAUCAUAGACAAUAAAUUGCAGGUGGAGGGAUUUUGCAAUAUAACUUUGCUGCUUAGAGCAGGGCUCGACAAAUCCAAGACACUACGUCGCCCUGGUGCCUAGGUAUUUGAGGUGGCGACUAGGAAUUUUGUCCUGGCGCCUAGGUAUUUGGGCUGGUGAGGGAGCUGUAAUCUUUGAGCUCUUCUGUCUCUGCUCCCUUGCGCGAGCUGCUGUGAUGCCAGGAGCGGGGAUAUGAUGUCACUCCGCCCCAGCAUCACCAAACAGUGCGUGAGGGAGCAGAGCAAGAAGAGUUUGAAGAUUACAGCAGCCCCAUUGGACCCCAGGGAAAGGACCCACUCCAGCUCCCCCAAAGGCAUUUUCUCUGAAAUGGCAGUGAUUACAUUGACGAGCCUGCAGGGACAGGCUAUAGAGUUAGACACCAGAACAACUACAUCAAGCUGUAGUGGUUCUGGUGUCUAUAGUGUCCUUUUAAGAAUUUUAUUUUUGACAUUGAAAAUAAAGCUUUGUUAUUUUUUUUUUUAUUUUUUUUAAAUGGCUCCUAACAUUUUUAACUGGCUCCUAGAUUCCAAGCAAAUGUAUCAAGCCCUGAUUUAGAAGAACCCUUUAUAUAUGAACAAACACACUGUAGUUUGUUAGGACCACAUUAUUUCAGUGAGACAGAAUAAGCGCACUGCGCAAUCUUUGUAGUAGGGCAUUUUGGAAUUUUAAAGAAAUUUUCUGAAAUUGUUCUAUAUUGGGAAGGAAAUGGUGAAAAGGUAUAUGUGAAUUAAUUAUGUAUAUAAUUAAUUGGCCACCACAUAAUAUAGAUUUAGAAGGAAAAAAAAAUCACUCAAAAAAAUACCACUUGCACGAGCAUUAUUUUAAAGGAACACUACCACCCCAAUCACAAAUUCAACUAAUUGAAGUUCUUAUGGGGGCAGGAGUGUCCGGGCUCCAUCUUACUUUCAGAGGUUGAACCAUUUUGUGUACUUUUUCUCUUAAAUGGUGGCCAAUGAUUGGUUGAGAUGGUUUAGCUGACACUCCUGUCUUAUGAACGACCAGCCAGCUAAACGUUCCUCAUAUUGUGGCACAUAAAGGACACAAACUUCAUGGUUACAUCAUUACAAAACCAUUUAUCUCCUGAAGGUGAGGUAUCACCCAAACACUCCUGCUCUGGAAAAACUUCAAUGAGCUGAAGUUGUUAUGGGGGUGGAAUUGUUCCUUUAAUUACAUUUCUUUAGUCUCUUAGUUGACUAAAGUUUAACGGAUAAUGAAGUUCUGUCAUGGCUCAUCACUAAACCCUUUGUUGGGAGCCGUUUUGCAAUAUUUCAGCCAAGAUAACUUUAGGAAAGAAAGAUUGUACGUCAUCAGAGCUGUAGUUUUGCAACUAAAUUCUCGUCUCGCUCAACACACUAACUGGGUACAGGUGGUCCUCGUUUUAUGACCUACCUGCUUUACGACGGCUCUCACUUAUGACCAGCUCUCUCGCGGGGUGGUAAGUGCGAGCUGUCGUGGGAAUUAGAGGGAUUCCCUGUUCUGCUGCAUUCUUUUAUGUUCAUGGAUAUUUCCCCGAACAUAGAAGAACGCAAAAGAGCAGGGAAUCCCUUAACUCCUCACUUACCGACCAAUUCGUUCCACGACCGAGUCGUAGAAACGGAACCCAGUCGGUAAGUGAGGAGUGUCUGUAAUUCACUACAGUGAGAAUUUGUGGUGAAUUCUAAGUUAAUUUCAAAUUUAAAGCCAGUUUAUGGCUGACUUAAAGAAGGUUACCAGUUUGGCUAAAUUUGGAAAUUUCACUGUGGAUUCUCCCUUUAGAGAAUAACCCUGUUAAUUCUCAGCUUCCUGUUUAUUGAAUAACAUUUAUUUCUUGCAACAUUUGUCUUUAAAAGUGCCCAGGACAAGAGCCCUGCGUGAGAAAUGCAAAGUAACAAUUACACGGCACUGAUUGUCUAAAGCUUUUGAUUACUAGUGUCUGUUUUGUCAAGCCAAUGCAGUAAAACAGACAGAUUUUACAACCAACUUCCUUAGCCUUUAUUAUCUGAGUAAUUCCCUGUAGCUUGACAUUAUCUCUUCACUAGACUGCCAUGUCUUCCUAAAUUGCUGUAGUUUAGGGUAUUUACCUCUUUAAUUACCAGAAAGAAGCCCUCUGUCAUUCUUAUGGUUAAAUCCCUAACUACCAAAUUGUGUUGUUUUUUUUAAUUAUUUUUUAAACAUAGCAUUACAUUUAUUCAAUACUUGCGAUACCUUCAAGUUUAUUAAAUCAGGACACUGAAUUAAAAUUAGGGUUAAAUAAAUGAGAAAUUAUAAUUUUGUGUUAUUUAUUUGUUAUUUUUUUUUUUUAUAAUCUUUAUUUUAUUGUGCAAAGAAAAAGUUGUUACAAAACAGAUAAAACAGUAGCCACAUCGGCUUAACAAAUAUCGUUGCAAAAUUCACAGGCUUUAGUAUUUGCGCAUUUUUUCCCUUUGUCCCAUUUGUAACAUUGUGUAACUUGACAGGGUAGUAUUCUAGUGAAUCCAGGUAAAGAGCAUAUUACCGACAUUGGUCGGGGGGUAUGGGUUCGGCUCGUAGGGUUGUACCUUUCGAUGUGGUAGAGCCAGGACGGAGAGGAGGGGGGGUGGGAUGAAGGUCGUGCAGGUAAUAUAUGGGUCGGGUGAGGGUGGCAUUUAGGUAUCUCUAACGCUCUAGGUAGGUCAACCAUGGCUGCCAGGUUAGAAUGUAUGUGUUGUAGUGGUUCGAGUAUGAGGCGUUUAAUUCUUCCAUGGUCCGUAUGAAUUCCACCUUCUGUAUCCACUCACGUACUGAUGGGACCCCAGUGCUUUUCCACUUAAGUGGUAUCAGCAUGUUCGCUGCUGUCAGCAUAUGGUUUAUGAGUUUGCGUAGGUGGCUUGGCAUGUGGGUGGUGUGCAUGAGGAAUAAGAAGGUUUCGGGGGAGUGUGAUACUCGGUAACCCGUGAUAGAUGUUAUUAGGCUUCUUAGUCUCUGCCAAUAGGUUUGAAUAGGCGGGCAUAGCCACCAAAUGUGUGCCGUGGUUCCUUUGGUUUGCCCGCAUCUCCAACAUAUAUCAGGUACUGUUGGGAAGAGUGCAUGGAUCUUGGUAGGUGAGUAAUGCCACCUGGAUAUCCUUUUGUACGUGCUUUCCCUUACUGCUGUGCUGACAGAUGAUUUAUGUGUGUGCGUGAAGAUCCUAUGCCAUGUUUCCUGAGGAAUAGUGAUAUUUAGCUCACCUUCCCAUGCUGACGUGAACGCCGGCAAUAGGGUGUGACUUGAAGUGCUUAGGAGUCUGUAGAAAAUGGACAGGUGUUUGGUUUGAAGGCUGUGUGUGGUGCAGUAGGUCUCAAAGGUGGUGUGUGCCCUUGUUCCUCGAAUGAAAUGUGGAUCCCCCUUCAAGAAGUGGGACAGUUGGGCGUAUCGGAAGUGUUGUUUGGUAGUAGGGUGGUCUGUUGUGGCCAGUAUAGACAGUGGAGCCACUCCCGUUGGGGUCAUAACUGUACUAACCAUCGGGUAUCUCGUCUUUUGGACCAAUGGAAAUUGGGAGAAGAAGUGUGGGCAUGUGCCCGGUAGGAACUUUGGAUUGUGUGCCAAGGGAUAUAGCGGUGAGGGGUGUGGUGAGACGUCUUUCUGGGGCCUAAUGCGCGACCAUUGGCGUAGUGUGGGUAUGAUCGUUGGGUGUUGUGAGUGUUGAGGCAGGAGGAGUGUGUGUCCCUUGUCAUGCCAUGGGAUUGUGCAUAGAGGGGAUUGGAACAUUGAGCUUUCUAUAUAUGCCCAUUGCUUCAGCGUGGGCUCUGCGGUCCACUCGUAUAUUCUGGUUAGUAUACUCGCUUGAUAGUAGCGUUCCAUGUGAGGUAGGCCUAGGCCCCCCCUUCCCCUAUGUCUGGUCAGAAUCGUGUACGCUAUUCUCGGGCGUUUAGUCGCCCAUAUGAAGGUUGUGAAUAUUUGUUUAAGCUUGGAGAAAAAGGAGGGGGGGAUCGCAAUGGGGAGUGUUUGUAGGAGAUAUAACACCUUUGGCAAUGUAUUCAUCUUCAAUAUAUUGAUCCUACAUAGCCAGCUAAAGACGGGUUUAUUUGUUAUCUUUUGCAGAAUAGUGUGCAUAUAGGGAAGGGUGGGGGAAACAGCUUUUCUCACAUUGACCAUUUAUUUUGUAAUGUUUAUUUAACACAAAUAUCCUGAUCAGUGGCGUACAUACGAUCCAUGGGGCCCCAGUGCGAAAACCGAUCCAUGGCCCCACCACGUCCCUCUCCCCUCCACCCUCCGUAUGGGCCAGGGCCACAGCACAUGGAGGCAGGCACCCGGUCUCAGGGGACCGCAUGGCAGCCCGGGCCCCCUGGAGUGACGGGCCUGGUCGCAGCUGCGACCCCUGUAUGUAUGCCACUGACUCAGAUAAUCCAUGUUUGUAAUGAACUUAAUGGCAUUUUGGGUAUGCUGCUUCCUUAAAUGCAUCCAUGAUGACUAUAUAUAGAGGAAAAUGUAUUCAUAUUUACCGUAAUUUUCUUUUCCUGGCUAUUAUUCAUGGCAGCAUAUAUAUAUGGGUUAGCUUGGCCCCUUACAGCCGAUAGGACAGGAAUAAAACAAAUGCCUUUAAAAGGUGUAUCCCUGCAUAGAUCCCUCAGUCAGUAACAAGCUCCUACAGAAGAAGUAAAACCAACACUGGGUGGGUAGUAAAUGCUGCCAGGAAUAAUAGCCAGGAAAAGAAAAUUACGGUAAGUAUCUCUAGAAUGUAAGCUCAUUGAGUAGGGCCCUCCACCUCUCUGUUCCUGUAUGUCCAAUUGUCUGGUUAAAAUUAUAUGUCUGUUAGUCCACCCAAUGUACAGUGCCACGGAAUGUGAUGGCGCUAUAUAAAUAAUAAAAUAAUAAUAAUAACAAAUUUUCCUCUUUUCUGGCUAAUCAUGGCAGCAUAUACAUUUGGGAAUACCCAAGCUUACCAGAGAGGGACAGAAACAUACAUAACUGCCAAUCAAAGAAUCAGAACAAUUUAACAUAGAUUAGAAGAUUGGACUGAGUUAAGGACGUGGCAUCCAAAUUUCUCCUUUAUUUGCUUAAACGUCCAGUAUGUAAUGCUGGACAAACAAGUUCAAAGGGGUCCAAAUGCCAACUUUAGAAAGUUUCAGCAGAGGCCAUUGCCAUGGAAACCCACAUUGCUGCAACUGCACGAGUGAAGAGUACCCCGAAAUCCUUUGGUAGAGGUAGAGAAUGGCAUUGAUACGCUUUCACCUUAGGCAGGAUCUCUGGUGCUAAAUACAAGACAACCAUAUCCAGUUGAAAUUCAGUGAAAGGGGGUAUACAGGAUCAAGCCUGGAGUUCACACAUUUUCCUUGCUGAGGUACAAGCCACCAGCAACAGCACCUUCUGGGUUAACAUCAUGGAAGCUACUGCUAGAGGUUCAAAUGAGUCAGAGCCUGUAAGACCAGUGGUAGGUCACAUAUUGUCUUUAACACCCUCAGUGCAGGCUUGAAUUUAAUCUCUACUUACAUGAAGCAAAGCACCAGGGGCUCCAAUACUCAGUGGGUACCUUUCGGUACAGGUAGAGAAUGGCAUCGAUAAACAUUCACCUUAGGCAGGAUCUCUGGUGCUAAAUGGUAGACAGCCAUAUCCUGAAAGUAAUGAGGAGGAAAAACAUACAUGUCCAUAAGUAAAGGAGCAAAAUGCUCACAUCCUAAGGGCUGUAGGACAGGAAAAAGACUGAGGGACCUAUGGAGGGAUACACCUUUUAAAGGCAUUUGUUUUAUUCCUGUUCUAUCGGCUGUAAGAGGAGGAGCUAACCCAUGUGUAUAUGCUGCCAUGAUUAGCCAGGACAUAUACAUAAAUAAAUAAAUAUAUAUUGGUAAAUAAUAGCUGUAGGUAGACUUUAUACGCAAAUACAAAAGUUCAGUUGUCUAGCUAAACGCAUACAACUAUAUUAUACAGGGCUGUAAGGAAUUAUGACCUUCUUACUCGGUUAAUUCUUUGGGGAAUGUGGACAAAUGUAACACACAGACAAGUGUAUAUAAAAUAAUACCUAUAUAUUAAUAUUGAUUAAAUUAUAUUGUUACUGUUAAUCAAGCAUGACAAACACAUUAACAGAGCACCAACCCAUCAGCAUCUGAAACAGAAUUACAGAUAUUUAUAUAUUAAACUCAUGCUGCAUAUGCAUAGCUUUCCUUUUUUUUUCCGAUAUGGUCUGGCUCUGUUUGAACCCCUGGUCACCCCUUAAACUCUAAAAAGUAUUUCUAUAUCAAUGUUGGGUUUUUAACGACCGUGGCUAAGGAGAAGUUAAAAGGACACUGUAAGCACCAAAAUAACCUUUAUUAUUUAAGUGGUUUCUGUGAUUAGAUCAUGUGCGUGCAGAUUCACAGCUCGAUUCUCUAAGUUAAAUCACUUUGUUUAUGCAGUUCUAGCCACAGUUCCACUGGCUGAGACUCACACGCCUCCCUAUUCAAUUCCCUUAUUGCAAAGUGUGUUUAAUUUAGAAUUUUUAACCUACUACUCAUUUAAUUGCCUGCUAUAGUAUGCAACAGCCUUCUGCAUGUGAUUAAGUAAAGCUGGAGAGGAGAACUUCUUCUAAAGUACUAAAGUAAAACACACUGUGCUGUAAGCUCUGAUCGAAAAUGAAACCAUUUUUUUCAUAGAAAUGUGUGUGAGUCACACCAGUGGAGGUGUGAUUUAACUCCUAAAUGACAGAGAAUUAAAGGAACACUAUAAUGUCAGGAAUACAAACAUGUAUUCCUGAAACUAUAGUUUUAAAAUGACAUUUUAGUCAACUAGCCCCUCUCUACCUUAAUAAGGCAUUUUCUUACCUUUUUUUCCUGCUCUGAGCCGUCUUCCCUGCAGCUCAACCCAUCUCCGUGACUGCAAACUCAACGCUUUAACCAUAUGAAAACAUUUGGAGGCUAUUGCACAUGCGUAGUAAAAUGCUGCGCUGCGCCAAACAGCAUCUCCUCAUAGAAAUGCAUUGAAAAAAAUGCAUCUUUAUGAGGAAUGUUCAACAUCUGCAUGCACGCCGUGCAGCACUGACCCUGGAAGCACCUCUAGUAGCCAUAUGAGAGACUGUCAGGAGAGGUGUUACUAGGCAGUAAUGUAAACAUUGCCUUUUCUCUGAAAAAGCUCUGUACACUAAAACUACUUUGUUAAGCUAAAUUUCUUAGAGUGUUCCUUCAAUUAAAUGCUGACACCUGGUCCUUUGAAGUUUAUUUACUCACAUGUUUUUAUAUUGCCUUCAAUGAGUCCCUACUAUUUUCUCACGUUAACUGUUAACAAGAAGGCUCUAGAUUUCCCACAUAUCCUAAAUUUAAGGGCCUUGGGACCUGUAAUUUAGCAUAUCUUAAUUAACUCUGAAACUAUUUACUCUAAGUUUCCAAAAAAAGCUCUUAAUUGUAGAGAGGACAACGAAGGGACUUUGAAAUGCAAUAUUAAAGGGAUACUAUGUACAGCUUAAUGUAGUGGUUCUGGUGUCUAUAGACUGUCCCUGCAGGCUUUUCAAUGAGACGAAUAUCCAGUUUAAUUUUUGGCUACAACUAUCUACUGGUCAUUAAUAAUAACAGCAAUUUAAGGCUGAUUUUUAAUGACAACUUUGAUAAUGACCCCUCGGUUGGCCUGGAAAGGGGGAGGGUUUGUCCAAACACAAAAUGUUUAGCGACACUAUAGUCACCAGAACAACUACAAGCAAUUCUGUAGCCUAUCCCUGCAGGCUUUUUAUUAUAAGCACUGCCUUUACAGAGAAACGGUGGUGUUUACAUUGCUCCUUAGUGACACCUCCAGUGGCAGUCACUCAGAGAGCCACUAUAGGUGCUUCCUGGGGCAGUGCUGCACGCCUGCACCCUGUGCGUCUCCAUACUUUGCAUUGAGGAGCUGAACUUUCCCCAUAAAGCUGCAACGAUUCAAUGCAUAUCUAUCAGGAGAUGCUGAUUGGCCUGCGUGGUGUUUUGCUGUGCAUGCGCAAUACACAGGAACACAUUUGACUUGCUGAGAUCCAGGUGCAACGAGACAGGUACAGUGCUGGAAUUAAGGUUAGUUUAACACUUUUUUAAAUGCAGGCAUGGGGGUUUAAAACUAUAGAAUAAGGCAUACAUGUUUGUAUUCCUGACACUACAGUGUUACUUUAAGAAGUUCUUUUUGUGACUACAUCAGUUGUUUAUGUUGUUGGCCGGUUCUUGAAAUGUUCUAUCCUGCAGUACAUAGACUUCCUGCCUUGCAAGAGGGAAAUUCACUAGCCAGCCACCUUCUGGAGAAUAUGAGAUUUGUAUACUGCAUGCUAAAACAAGAGAAGGAUUAGCAUAUUUUAUGUCACAGUAGCCAGGCUUACCAAAGUGCAGAUACAUAGACAAACUGUUGUGUUAAUGUAUUUCUGUGCCCCAUCCAAAGUAUGGGGAAUUUAUUGUGUUUAAUGUUACAAUAUAAACUGCGUUUAUAAGGAGUUGGACUAGCGCUGUGUGUUUUAGACUCCUUAGUUGAUGUAGGAACAAUAGUUUCAAUUCAUGUUUGCUAAUGCGUUGUUGUUGUUCAUGCUUCUUAGUGGCUAUGUGUUUGUAUAGGGUAGAGUUAUAUGCAGGUUUUAUCCUAUGUAUGUUUUUACAAAUUGGUUUCUUAAGGAGAGUUUUCAGUUAAAAUAUACUGGUGGGAAGAAAUCAUAUUAAUGGUGUUCAAGUUUGACAAGUUUCAAGGUUUUUAAUUACUUUUUUUUUUUUUUAAUGCAUUUAAUAACCAGGAUACUUUUCCCCCCACAUUUUUUCUCUUUUACCUACAUUUUGUAAUUCAAUUCUUAUAUAAUCACAACUUCCAAGUUAUUUCAUUAAAGUGUGAAUUGUCAGAAUUUAAAAGUGAAUUUCCCAUUUUAGGCCACAAUAGUUGAACUGAAAUAGCUGGACUUUCCCCCUAAAAUGUAAAAUUCACUUUGAAUUACCGACACACAAGUUUAACAACCAUGUAAAUGUUUAAUGAACAAAAUAUAUGUUUAGAAUACUCUAGUUAACAACAGUACUUUAAAGGGUUACUCCAAGUACCAUGAUCACUUCAGAUUUGAAGUGGUCAUGGUGUCUGGAGUCUGUAUGUGCAGUGUUUUGCUGUGAGAUUAGUCCUAUAGCUGCUGAAGUUGUAGCCCCUACCGCCACUAGAGUCCCAUGGGGGUGAUUAGCCAGCUUCCGGACUGUACAACUUUCUUUGCAUGGAAUGUCAGUCAUUGGCUGAGAUCGGUCAGUUGAUGCUAUCGUUAUGAAAAGCUCUCAAGUGACAGUGUCUCUUUAACAUUGAGUCUACGUACCAUGGGACAUAUUAUCCUGGCUUGGAAAGGUUUGUUCUUGAAACUCAGAUGGCUGUCUAUUUGUAAUAUUACACCCCCCCAGUGACUACGAUUUGUAGCUCAGAAUUAUGUAACCUGACUCGGUAGGUCCAAAAUCGACAAGUAAACAGGUAAUUUGUGUGGUCCUAAGUAGCAUGUUUGUGAGACAUACUAGAUAAGCAGGUGUGAAACUCCCCAAAUAUCAGUGCAGCAUGUGUGGGUCUGACAUAUUCUCCACAUUCCUAAACCACUUCCCAUAUCAUGACUUCUGCGCUAGUUACAAACUGCAGAACAUAUGCCAAUUAUGCAACUUAUAUAUUUUCUACCCAGAGACUGGUGGAAGAUUAAUAAUUUUAAAAAUUUUGAAAGUUAGACCAAUACAAAGCACUUGCUGAUUAAUAUACAGUUUAAUUGCUUUAUAUUACAAUUUCUAUAAACAUAAAAUAAAAAUGUGUUUCUAGUGAUCACCAAAAUCACUGAUUUCUCCCCCCCUCCCCAAUAUACAGUCAGGUCCCAUCAACAGGCUCUAUACAGACUUUAACAGAGCUUUAAUCAGCCAACAGUCACGUAGGUCAUUUACACACAUGAAAAGUUGUGCUCCACAGACUGAGCAGCAACAAAUGGGAACCUGGUAACUGCCUUUGGGGUCAAAGGCCGAUUACAGCCUAUCAGAUCAAGAGGAGGGGUAUUUAGGCCCAGUUUUCAUCCUGCUCAGUGUCCUGUCGUGGUCUCCCUUGUGGUUGUCCGAGAGCGCGUUAUUGAUUUUGGUUAUUGUGGUUAUUUGACUUUGGCAUUGUUUUUGACUUCCCUGUUUUCUGGCAUCCCUGACUCCUGGCUUUUCCUUAGCAUUGUGUCUCUUUCUUUAUCCCUUGACCUCGGCUAAUCCUGACUAUUCUUUGGUACGUUAGUCCGGCCAUUCUAAGGUCCGGUAUACGUUAUCUAUCAGUCCUCUGUGUUACACAAUUCUAUGUGCUGGAUCAUUCUGUAAUCCUGACAAUGUGCCUCCCACUUUUCAAGGGACCAAAAGUAAUGGGACAAUUGGCUGCUCAGCUGUUCCAUGGCCAGGUGUGUGUUUUAUUCCCUCAUUAUCCCAUUUAAAGGAGCAGAUAAAAGGUCCAGAGUUCAUUUCAAGUGUGCUAAUUGCAUUUGGAAUCUGUUGCUGUCAACUCUCAAUAUGAGAUCCAAAGAGCUGUCACUAUCAGUGAAGCAAGCCAUCAUUAUGCUGAAAAAACAAAACAAACCCAUCAGAAAGAUAGCAAAAACAUUAGGUGUGGCCAAAUCAACUGUUUGGAACAUCCUUAAGAAGAAAGAACGCACGGGUGAGCUCAGCAACACCAAAAGACCCGGAAGACCACGGAAAACAACUGUGGUGGAUGACCAAAGAAUUCUUUCCCUGGUGAAGAAAACACCCUUCCAACAGUUGGCCAGAUCAAGAACACUUUAUUCCCGUUCAACAAUCCUUCACCAAGUGAAUACAGAUUCACCACAAGAUGUAAACCAUUGGUGAGCCUCAAAAACAGGAAGGCCAGAUUAGAGUUUGCCACAACCUAAAAAAGCCUUCACAGUUCUGGAACAACAUCCAUGGACAGAUGAGACCAAGAUCAACUUGCACCAGAGUGAUGGGAAAAAGAUAUGGAGAAGGAAAGGAACUGCUCAUGAUCCAAAGCAUACCACUUCAUCAGUGAAGCAUGGUGGUGGUAGUGUCAUGGCGUGGGCAAAUGGCUGCCAAUGGAACUGGUUCUCUUGUAUUUAUUGAAUGUGACUGCUGACAAAAGCAGCAGGAUGAAUUUGGGCAAUAUUAUCUGCUCAUAUUCAGCCAAAUGUUCCUCAUUGGAUGGCACUUCACAUGCAGAUGGACAAUGACCCCAUACUGCAAAAAACCACGACUUUCAAGGGAAAGAAGACAAUGUUCCAAUGGCCAAGUCUCACCUACCAAUCCCUUAGACAUUUCACUUGUAAGACAAAACUGAAGGGAGUGCCCCAAGAACGAAGAGGAACGAAAAUUGGAUUAGAACGGCAGAGCAUCACCAAAUAUGAAACCCAGCGUCUGGUGAGUCUAUGCGCCAGACUUCAGUGUAAUUGAUGCAAAGGUUUGCAACCAUGUAUUAAAAAGGAAAGUGAUUUAUGACUGUUAAAACUGUCAAUACCCCUUAAAAGUGGAAUGACAUAUACAGAAUUCCUACACCCACCUGACCCCAGCUGAAAUCCAGUUAAGCACAUCAUUUCAAACCCUUGUGUCCAAAAAGACCCCACCUGACUGUAGGCCACCACAUAAAAACAGAUCGCUGGAGAACUACAUACUAUUAUGGCUUCAAACUUACGACUACCCUUCCUUGCAUACUUAACCCAUGGGUCCUCAAACUCCGGCCCCCCAGAUGUCCACUACAACUCCCAUAAUUCUCGGCUAUCUUGUAAUUCAAAGACAGACACAAUUCAGCAACAUCUGGGGGGCCGGAGUUUGAGGACCCAAGUUUAACCCUUUGUUGAAAGUUGUUUUACUGUUUAGCCAUUUUGUAUGUGAAUUGUGCUAACUUAAAAUAACAUAAGCAGAGAGGCAAAAUUGGAAGGAAACCGGUUUGAGGGAUAACCCUGCAGAUUUGGAUGUCAUGCAUCUUACCUUUUUUAGUUUGUAACGUGCAGUGUUAUGACAACUACCUUAAGAUUUAAGGAACUUUGUAUUCUAACUUUAAAACAGUAAGAUGUCUACGUCACAAUGCUGUUUCAAGCCCUUCUUCUUUUGUGUUUACUCCCUUGUUUAAAAAACUUUGUCAAAAGCCUGUGUUCUAGCAAGACUUUGUAACAUUGCUGCGUUGUGGUACUCAACAGUUAAAAAGUGUUUGUGAUCCUCAAGAGUACAUGCUAAAACACAACAGAAACUUUUAACCCCACUUUUUUUUUUCUUACCCCUUCCCCCAAAAAACACACUUUACAAAUAAAGAAUUUUCAAAAAAAAAAAAAUAUAUUGAUCCUACAUAUUUGCCAGAUGUGUUUUGGGGACUGACCAGACUGCACAGGUUUAGUUUGUUAUUCAUUCUACAUCCUGCCAGAAUUCCCAAAAACCUGCAGAAUUAAUGUGCUAUGACAAUUAAUGCAGUUGAUGAAAGUUGGGUUCGACUUGGUGGAUUUAACAAAACUAAUUGAAAGAACUUCAAAUCUCUAACAAUGACAGUUGACCACAAAUUUACUUUUAACAAUAAGGUCAUUAUGCUGUGUUUGUUCUGUCCCCGCAGCACCUUAUUUGGCAUCCUGUCCUGGAAGUUUUCCAGCUGACAGUUUGCAAACAUUCUGCGUGAGGAACGUGCGUGAAGCUAGCUUAAGCUGGAAUGCAAUGUAGAUAUAAAUUAUUAGCAGAUUAAAAUAGUACUCUGCCUUGUUUUGCACAUCAGGUACUCAUACAUUUGGGGUGCAUUCGCAUACCAGGUUCCUUAAAGGGCUUAAAGUGACACUGCCACUUCUCUGGAAAUCAUGCCUUUGAACAAAACAAGUAAAAAUCACUUAACCUGUGUUAACCUUUUUUUGAUGCAGUGCUGAAUUGAUUUUUUCAUAUGCAUUUAAAAAAUGUAUCAAGUGACAUCUAUAUCCAGUUCAGGCUUAGCUAAAAAUGUGUAAGUGGGGUGAAUGAGAUAUUGUUUCAUUUCUCCUGGUGUCAAAGACUGUGUUCCAGGGAAAAUAAGGCAAAAAUAUGUUUUGAUUUUUGAAGGCCAAGAUGGAGGGCAUGUUAAGGAUAAAAUUUUAGAUGAUACUUUUAUUUUUUUUUUAGUUCCCAGUAUUCAUAUUUAAAAAUAUAAGGGAUAAGUAAACAUAAUAUUAAAGGGACACUAUAGUCACCAGAACAACUACAAGCAAUUCUGUAGCCUUGUGCAGGCUUUUAUUAUAAGCACUGCCUUUACAGAGAAACUGGUUUUACAUUGCUCCUUAUUGACACCUCCAGUGGCAGUCACUCAGAGAGCCACUAUAGGUGCUUCCUGGGUCAGUGCUGCCGGAAAAGCAGCCCUGACGCUCAGCGUCCCCACGCUCUGCAUGGAGACGCAGCAUUUUCCUCAUAGAGAUACACUGAUUCAAUAGUGAUCCUUUAAAAUUCCUGGGAUGUGAAGUUCCCCUUUAAAAUCAUUGCUGCCCAACACUCUAGUUGCCCUAGUAACUUAUUACAGUGGAGGAUUAUUCCACCCCUUCUGAGAAUUUGUUACAGUAAUGUACCUCCUUAUCAUCCUCCCAAUGUCUAAUCUAGUAAUUAUUUACAGGAUUACUGUAGAAAUAAUGUACAUCAACAUGGAUAUACACCCCUAAUUGUUAGCAGAUUAUUGCAUCAUUUAUUUACGGUCUUGUUUUUGUUUUCUUUUCAUUCUUUCAUUCUUUUAUUUUAUCCCCCAGAUAUUAUUUCAUUUCCAUAUUACUAGUAUUCUGCAUGGGAAGAGGCAGUUGAUAUAUAGCAGCUCUUUCAGCUGCUUUCAAGCUGGGUCCCAGCCAGCGAUGAUUUGUGUAACCUUUACUCCAAUUACGCUGUAAUAAUGGAGUUACAAUGCCAGUUGUUAACUGUUUCAGUGCCACAGUGUUGCUAUCACCGGUGAAACACAAUUUUUUUUUUUUUAAACCGAAUAAUUAAUAGUGAAAAUUGGUUUUGCCAUUCAAAGUAUCUCAUGAGAGCAACGUUACUGUACGUUUACAUUCCUUGAUACAGUCAUUCUCGGCAUUGUAAUGGUUUUGCUACUUUUUACAAAAGACUACAGGAAAUUAUAACUUUAAAUUCUCCAAAAAAACAAAAAAUAGUUUUUUAGGUUUAGUAUUGUUUACGCUAGGUAAGGUUGUGACUCAGGAACCUAUUUAACUUGCUUAUGCCUUUGCUAUAACCAGUGCCAGACCCAUUGAGGAAAAAAACAACUUUAUUUUCCCUGUAUCGAUUUGUUCUGUAUGUUUGUCUGUCACUUGGGUAAUAGAAUAUAUUUAUGCACACAUACAAUUAUGUGCUUUGCCUUGAGUCCCCUUCAUUAAGAGUACGCCGAGUAUAUGUUCCUUAAAAAGAGUCUGGAGCGGCGGAGCCCGUCGCAGCGAGCAUCAUUCCCAUAGGGGUCUAGCCAUCGCAGCAUUUCGAACCAGGGUGUCCAGGUUUUAUAGUAUGAGGUCAAAUUGCCAUUCAUGGUAUAGAAAUAAUAUUUCAUUUCCCCAUGAUAUGUAAUUUGGGUUUCAAUUUGUUCUCAGUCUGGAGGGUUCGCUUUUCUCCAUUCUAUGGCUAAACAUUUUUAAAUAGCCAUAAAAAUAUAAAUUAAUAAACUUUUAGUGUCUUUAUCUGUCUUAAAGGACCACUAUAGUGCCAGGAAAACAUACUUGUUUUCCUGGCACUAUAGUGCCCUGAGGGUGCCCCCACUCUCAGGGUCCCCCUCCCGCUGGGCUCGGGGAGAGGAAAGGGUUAAAAUCUUACCUUUCUCCAGCACCGGGCGGGGAGUUCUGCUCCUCCUAUCCUCCUCUUCGGCUGAAUGUUCAUGCGCGGCAGGAGCUGCACGUGCAUUCAGCCAGUCUCAUAGGAAAGCAUUCUUUAUGCUUUCCUAUGGACGCUUGUGUCUUGUCACUGUGAUUUUCACAAUGAGAAGCACGCAAACGCCUCUAGCGGCUGUCAAUGAGACAGCCACUAGAGGCUUUAGAGGCUGGAUUAACCUAUUUAUAAACAUAGCAGUUUCUCUAAAACUGCUAUGUUUAUAAAAAAAAAUAAAAAAUGGGUUAACCCUAGCUGGACCAGGCACCCAGACCACUUCAUUAAGCUGAAGUGGUCUGGGUGCCUAGAGUGGUCCUUUAAGAAGUUCCAAGUAGAAAAGCCACAAGUAUAGUUUCAUUGACAUUCUAACAUGCAAAAUUUUGACUAUUUCUUCUGUUUCAUCCUUGAUCUUUUGCAAUUUUGGGCAUUCCACCCAGAUAUAAUAGAGUACCCGAAGGCUGGGUACAUCUCCAGCACAGGUCAGCAGUGGAUUUAUCAAACUUGCUUAGACUUGCUGGGACCAAAUACCCACGGUGCAAUAGUUUAUAUAAUGUUUCCUGUAAAUUAACAACUGAAUGAACAGAUUUUUAACAUGUAGCCAAGUCUUACACCAGAUCUGUAAGGGGAACUUCAUCUCCAUGUCUCUAAUUUACCAAUGGAGGCAAUAGGAUGGGGGUGAGGGGGGGAGUCUGAUUACUUAAUAUUAAAUUUUUUAACCUAGAGAUCAGUUUAUUCCUAUAUGUUUUCCCAAAAAAUCAUCCAAAAUAGUUGAGUCAGAAAUAGAAUUAUACUUUAGAAAAUGUUUAAUCGUCAGAUAAAGAAAGACAGCGUAAUCUAACUCCCUACAUUUUUGACCCCUAUUCUUUUCUCGCUCCAUCUCACCUUUCCUAAUUAAAUCGCCUAUUUUUGUUCAAUCUACCUCUCACCAUGUUUUAUUUCUGAUUUUAUGUCUUCGUCUACCUUUUUCACUAAUGUUACUCUCGUUAUUCCUUCCUCCUCAAUUCCUCCUUAUUCUAUCAACCCAAUAAUCCCAUGUGCCCUCCCUAGCUCAUUUCUUCUCCCUUUUUUGUGCCCUCAUUAUAUACCAACCCCUUCUCCUCUUCUGUUUCUUUCCCCCUUUUAUAUGCCGUUCAAGUGUCCUGUAAUUCCAUUCACAGGCCAGCAUCCUUGCAAACUAUGACAAUACUCUAGUUAAUGUAUUUACUUUGUGCCCCAAGGGUUAAGUCCAAGUGCAUGGAAUUUAUUGUGUUUAGAUUUGAAGUGAAUAUGGUGUCAUGCGAUUAAGGUAUGACUGCAGACUCAUGAAUUCGCUGGCUAGUGUUUUAGAGAGUCUGUAGCUGUCCCUAGUCCGACCGACAUAUAGUCCAAGUUGGGUGGUCAGGAAUACAUGCGAAACUAGUGUUGCUUGUUCCGGACUUCUUACAACUGUGUUUGCAUAUAUGGUCAGGCUGAGACUCGGUCAGUUGAUGCUAUCGUUAUGAAAAGCUCUCAAGUGACAGUGUCUCUUUAACAUUGAGUCUACGUACCAAAAACUUUGGGACAUAUUAUCCUCAAGGCUUGGAAAGGUGGACAAGAAACGGGGUGUUCUUGAAACUCAGAUGGCUGUCUGAUUUUUGCUAAUAUUACACCACUAGUAGUCAUAAAUGAGCCCCAGUGACUACGAGGUUUUGUAGCUCAGAAUUAUGUAACCUGACUCUGGAAGAGUAAAUAGGUGCCAAAAUCGACAAGUAAACAGGUAAUCAAUGUGUGGUAUCAACAGAGCAAGAGUAAGAAAGUAAAUUAAGGUGCUAGCAAUAAUGGAUCUAAGGGAGCUGUGUUGUCUUUCAUAUUCUCAUGUUGUAGGCUUAUAGUUUUAGAGUUCUAUAGGAAACAUAAGCUGUAGUUAAACUGCAGGGAUUGCCUAUAUCAAAGUUAUUUAUAAGCCCAAGACUUUGUAUUAGUGGUGUUUUAAGGCUGAAAAAAAAAGGAUUAUACAUGUUAGGUUUUUUUUUUUUUUUUUGUCAGGGAUCAACCGAUUAUCGUUUUUUGCCGACAUUAUCGGCUGAUAUUCAGAUUUUUUGUAAGUAUCGGUAUCGGCCCAUAAUAACCGGCCUAUAAUCACCGGCAAUACCGAUAAUGAAUGGGUGUGCUGGCACGUCCAUAAGGCAGCACAAGCGCCCGCCUUACGCCGCACCGGCCCUUUGGGCGCUAGAUCGGAGUGACCGGCAGGAGGUGGGUACACAGUGCUCCCUCCUGACAGGCACUCUGUGUAGCGUGGCGGAGCAGUGCACAUCGCCAUACAGAAAUUAUGUUUCCUCACCCGGCUUUUUUGUGGGAAGUGCUCACAGAGAGAGCACUUCCUGUCAGUCCGGCCUGGUACAGGAGACUGAAUCUCCUGUACCGCGGUGCGCACUGCUCCGUUCGGCCACGCUACCAGGAGACACACUGGGGAGCGGUGACCAAGGAGGGGAAAGAAAGAGAGGGGCACUAAGGGACAGGGACGGGGGUACUAUGGGACGGGGAAUGUAUAGGAACACUAUGGGGGAGGAGGGAUGUAAAGGAACACCAUGGGACAGGGGAGGGGGAGAAGAAAACUAUGGGACAGGGAAAGGGGGGUAAAGAACACUAUGGGACAAGGGAGGAGGGGGAAGAACACUAGGGGAUAGAGAGGAACAUUAAGGGAGGACACUAAGGUACAGGAAAGGGAAAAGGAACACUGGGGUAGGAAGGACCACUAAAAGAGCAAGGAGAGGAACAUUAAGGGGAAUGGGGGGGCACUAAGGGACAGGUAUGGAUUCAGGGGUGGGGGGAGUUCCUACCGCACAUAUUUACACAAAACAUGUGUAAUCCCUACACAGAAUUAGCUGGAUCCACUUGCAACAUUGCAUGUUUUAAAUCAAAUACUCUCUGUUACAAACUCAUAUAAAGCUGAAAAGUCUGACUGGCAUGUAAAUAACUUAGCACUGUCUUAUUUUGCUUAAUUUAUUGUGUUCUUGUUGCAUACUUUAUAUGACUUGAUUGUGUUGACUUACGCCAAAAAGAUUUUAAUUUGUAACUGUACCCAAUUCUUUAUUUGUGACCUGACAAUGUAUAUAAUUUCCUAUUUGUGCAAUUCAAUAAUUUUAAUUUUGAAAGUAUUUUUUUUUUUUUUUUGUCUUCACCUUUUGCAGUUAUUAAUGCAUACAGUUGUUUGAGGGAUUGCUGGAACCCUUUGCACUGAUUUCUAUAGAUGUCAUAUCUAUAAAACUGGUUUUUAGUGCUGAACAGUGAAUGGCUGUCAAAUCACCUGAUUUCUGCCCUGCCUACCUAAUAUUAAGGGACACUAUAGUCACCAGAAGAACUACAACUUAAUGUAGUUGUUCUGGUGAGUAUAAUAGCUCCCUUCAGGCUUUUUUCAUGCAAACACUUUUAUAUGCCUCUAUUUACACCUCCAAGUGGCCACUUCUUAGAUGGACACUGGAGGUGCUUCCUGGGUCAGUGCUGCCGGAAAAGCAGCCCUGACGCUCAGCGUCCCCACGCUCUGCAUGGAGACGCAGCAUUUUCCUCAUAGAGAUACACUGAUUCAAUAGUGAUCCUUUAAAAUUCCUGGGAUGUGAAGUUCCCCUUUAAAAUCAUUGCUGCCCAACACUCUAGUUGCCCUAGUAACUUAUUACAGUGGAGGAUUAUUCCACCCCUUCUGAGAAUUUGUUACAGUAAUGUACCUCCUUAUCAUCCUCCCAAUGUCUAAUCUAGUAAUUAUUUACAGGAUUACUGUAGAAAUAAUGUACAUCAACAUGGAUAUACACCCCUAAUUGUUAGCAGAUUAUUGCAUCAUUUAUUUACGGUCUUGUUUUUGUUUUCUUUUCAUUCUUUCUUUAUUUUUUCCCCCCAGAUAUUAUUUCAUUUCCAUAUUACUAGUAUUCUGCAUGGGAAGAGGCAGUUGAUAUAUAGCAGCUCUUUCAGCUGCUUUCAAGCUGGGUCCCAGCCAGCGAUGAUUUGUGUAACCUUUACUCCAAUUACGCUGUAAUAAUGGAGUUACAAUGCCAGUUGUUAACUGUUUCAGUGCCACAGUGUUGCUAUCACCGGUGAAACACAAUUUUUUUUUUUUUAAACCGAAUAAUUAAUAGUGAAAAUUGGUUUUGCCAUUCAAAGUUCUGAUGAGAGCAACGUUACUGUACGUUAUAUUCCUUGAUACAGUCACAUAUUGCACAUUAACUGUUUUGUAUUUUAUUUUAAAGACUUGAUAUUUUUUUAUAACUUAAAUUCUCCAAAAAAACAAAAUUAGUUUUUUAGGUUUAGUAUUGUUUACGCUUUUACAAGGUACCACUCAGGAACCUAUUUAUUUGCUUAUUUGAUUGCUAUAACCAGUGCAUCAGACCCAUUGAGGAAAAAUAUACACUGGUUGUUCUCUUUGUUCUGUGUGUUUGUUAAUUUUGGGUAUAGACUUGUUUAUGGAAUUAUUACACUUAUAAUGAGGUGGUUGACAGUCAUUAGAAGGAGCCGAGUAUAUAAUUGCUCUGUAAGAGUCUGGAGCGGCGGAGCCCGUCGCAGCGAGCAUCAUUCCCAUAGGGGUCUAGCCAUCGCAGCAUUUUAACCAGGGUGUCCAGGUUUUAUAGUAUAGGUCAAUUGCCAUUCAUGGUAUAAAAUAAUUUUCAUUUCCCCAUGAUAUGUAAUUUUGCUUUCAAUCCCAGCAGUCUGGAGUUCCUUUUCUCCAUUCUAUGGCUAAACAUUUUUAAAUAGCCAUAAAAAUAUAAAUUUUAAACUUUUAGUGUCUUUAUCUGUCUUAAAGGACCACUAUAGUGCCAGGAAAACAUACUUGUUUUCCUGGCACUAUAGUGCCCUGAGGGUGCCCCCACUCUCAGGGUCCCCCUCCCGCUGGGCUCGGGGAGAGGAAAGGGUUAAAAUCUUACCUUUCUCCAGCACCGGGCGGGGAGUUCUGCUCCUCCUAUCCUCCUCUUCGGCUGAAUGUUCAUGCGCGGCAGGAGCUGCACGUGCAUUCAGCCAGUCUCAUAGGAAAGCAUUCUUUAUGCUUUCCUAUGGACGCUUGUGUCUUGUCACUGUGAUUUUCACAAUGAGAAGCACGCAAACGCCUCUAGCGGCUGUCAAUGAGACAGCCACUAGAGGCUUUAGAGGCUGGAUUAACCUAUUUAUAAACAUAGCAGUUUCUCUAAAACUGCUAUGUUUAUAAAAAAAAAUAAAAAAUGGGUUAACCCUAGCUGGACCAGGCACCCAGACCACUUCAUUAAGCUGAAGUGGUCUGGGUGCCUAGAGUGGUCCUUUAAGAAGUUCCAAGUAGAAAAGCCACAAGUAUAGUUUCAUUGACAUUCUAACAUGCAAAAUUUUGACUAUUUCUUCUGUUUCAUCCUUGAUCUUUUGCAAUUUUGGGCAUUCCACCCAGAUAUAAUAGAGUACCCGAAGGCUGGGUACAUCUCCAGCACAGGUCAGCAGUGGAUUUAUCAAACUUGCUUAGACUUGCUGGGACCAAAUACCCACGGUGCAAUAGUUUAUAUAAUGUUUCCUGUAAAUUAACAACUGAAUGAACAGAUUUUUAACAUGUAGCCAAGUCUUACACCAGAUCUGUAAGGGGAACUUCAUCUCCAUGUCUCUAAUUUACCAAUGGAGGCAAUAGGAUGGGGGUGAGGGGGGGAGUCUGAUUACUUAAUAUUAAAUUUUUUAACCUAGAGAUCAGUUUAUUCCUAUAUGUUUUCCCAAAAAAUCAUCCAAAAUAGUUGAGUCAGAAAUAGAAUUAUACUUUAGAAAAUGUUUAAUCGUCAGAUAAAGAAAGACAGCGUAAUCUAACUCCCUACAUUUUUGACCCCUAUUCUUUUCUCGCUCCAUCUCACCUUUCCUAAUUAAAUCGCCUAUUUUUGUUCAAUCUACCUCUCACCAUGUUUUAUUUCUGAUUUUAUGUCUUCGUCUACCUUUUUCACUAAUGUUACUCUCGUUAUUCCUUCCUCCUCAAUUCCUCCUUAUUCUAUCAACCCAAUAAUCCCAUGUGCCCUCCCUAGCUCAUUUCUUCUCCCUUUUUUGUGCCCUCAUUAUAUACCAACCCCUUCUCCUCUUCUGUUUCUUUCCCCCUUUUAUAUGCCGUUCAAGUGUCCUGUAAUUCCAUUCACAGGCCAGCAUCCUUGCAAACUAUUAAUGCUCCUUCCUUCAUGCAGUGUUAUAAGCAGGGUUGUAUCUACCGCAAGGCAAACAAGGCAUUUGCCUUGGGCGGCACUUUCCAGAGGGUGGCAAAAACGCUAUCCCCAAAUGCCCAGGCUAAUGCUUUGUUUGCCUUGUUUUAUGGGGGCCCAAGAGCUGGCAGGCCGGCCACCUUUGGGCCUCCCUGGGGCAGGCAGCCAGUUGUUUCCUGGGUGGGUGGCGAGGGAGCUUUAAACGCCCUUGAUAAAGGAAGCCAGUUGGUGCCGAAACAUUGGGGGGUUAUUUUUUCGUGCUUCUGCCCUAUUAGGCUUGUGAGAAUUUUGGUAAAUUAUUACUGUUGAUUAUUUGUUUGCCUGUUUAUUGUCAUUUUGUAUUUUCUUGUAAUAUACAUGCUUAACCAAUUGUUGGUUCAUUAAAUAAUUGUAUAUAUUUCUUUUUUGUUCUGGUGUGCAUUCUCUUUCAUAUAAUACUAAAAAAGACUCAACAUACCAAAUUUGCAAUACCUUGGGUUGUCUUCUUUUGCAAAUGGUAUGCCAUCAUGGGGGUAAUUCUCAUUUCUGGGCUACCAUAGGCUACCAUGUAAAACAGUGACCCCCCCCCCCCAUUUACAGGUUUUAGAAUGUCAUACAAAGGUACAGGGUUAAAGAUAGGGCUUGUCCCAGAUAGUCCCUCUAGACCGAGAGAAACAUUGAUUGGGGGAACAGCGGCGAUCGGGUAAGUACUAAGAAUAGCGCGGACGUACUAGGUAUCUAAAUAGUGUUUUUUAAACACCAUAGAGUCAGGAAUACAUGCUUAUAUUCCUGAAACUAGUGUUCCUUUAAUUAAAACCUUUGCUGAUGUUUAAUAUUAAAUAAAAUGUGUUUGUUGUAGUCUAAAACCUCAGAUUAGACCGGCUUUUCCAGACUUGCCGGUCUUUUUUGCCUAGGGGGUGGAUUCAGGCGGAAGAAUGGGCACCCAUAACUUUGUGCCUGUUCUGCAUUGCCUCCCUCCCAGAUACAUGUUCCUUCAAAUCGUCUUGUGUCAUAAAUCCUCCUUGUGAUGAAUUUAGAAUCCAUGCUCAUCUUAUUUCCUCUACCAGACUUCUGUACAUAAUGUGCAGCCCUUUUCAGAAUUUUUAUUUUUUUUAACCAAUACUACUCUGUCCAGUAAGAUAAGGUAUAAGGUAUACGCCAAGCAAAUACGCCAGGUAUACGCCAAGCAAAUGUUGCUAGCAUGAGUUAUGAAAAUAAUCCUGGAACAUGUAUUGAAAAUUUGGUGCAGCCAGUGAAAGAAUAAAAGUACAAGCUAAAAACGUUAUAUGUAGCACGAACUGCUUGGCAUGUGAGAUCCAAAUAAAGGCUCUUAUUAGAUUUUGCAUAAAAGAAAAUUGUACACUUCAAAAACUUUGAAAUAAAUUAGGGCAUUUACAGGGUGCAAUAUAAAUGCGUGCUCAAGUUUUGUCGAUGGCAGAAUUUUACAAAUGUCAAUGUAGUUAUUGCUGUUCACCAAAAAACACUGACUAACUUAUAAUUAAAAAAAAAUAGAUGGACAAGAAAAAUGGGUGGAGAGAAAAUGUCAUGCGCACGUAAGGUUUGUCAACAAAAAAAUAUAUUUUUAGCAUGAUGAUGACGAUGAUAAUACCAGAAUAACAAAGAAAGCACCCAGGACACCUCCUCCCUUCAUUGCAGCCUUGAAGAAUGUAACCCAGUGAUGUUUUGCUUUCCUGGGGGUUGGGCAGAGGAGAAAGGAAAGAAAAAGCCAUUGUAAACAAAGUUGGGUGGAGAGUGAAAGUAGAAAGGCUAAAGCAAAAUAAAAACAAUGGAGAACAAAAAGCCCAAGUAGUGAGUCAAGGUAAAAAGGGUGAAUUAAUAGAGGGGGUGGGGUGUGGGUGAGGAGCAGGGGGGAGCGUUAGUAUAGUUGGCCCCAGGAUUUAUAAACGUGCAAAAAAGUAGAACAAGGAUGCAUCACAACAACAAGUUAGGCUUAUUGUGACAUGUCCUUUCAUUCCUGCAUUGAGAUGAGAAAUAUGUCUGUAUAUCAUAGUAUAAUUAAAGGGUCUUCCUAAGCAUAACAAAAACAACCAUAACUGAAUGAAGCAGUUUUGGUAAAUAGGACAUGCCCCUGCAGUUUUACUGCUCUAAUCUCUUUCAUUUAGGAGUUAAAUCGCUUUUGUUUCUGUUUAUCAGACCUUGCAUCACAUUGUGUUUACUUUAGAAGUUGAACUCUAAUCACACACAACAGGAGGCUGUUGCAGGUUAUCAACAGAGCAAGAGAUAAGAAAGUCAAAGUUAAACACGCUGCGCAAUAAUGGAAGCUAAGGGAGCUGUGGACUCUUGUUAAUGAAGUGUGUUGGGAGGCUGUAUGAGUUUUAGAUGUCUGAAUAGGAAACAUAAGCUAAGAGAUUAAGACUGCAGGGACUUGAUCUAUACUCCAAAACAACUUUAUAAGCCUUAAGUUGUUUAGUGAUUAGUGCCCAUUUAAGGCUGAAAAAAAAAAAGAUUACACAUGUUAGGUUACUAGUAGUUAUACUGCGUGUUUUUUUUGUCAGGGAUCAACCGAUUAUCGUUUUUUGCCGACAUUAUCGGCUGAUAUUCAGAUUUUUUGUAAGUAUCGGUAUCGGCCCAUAAUAACCGGCCUAUAAUCACCGGCAAUACCGAUAAUGAAUGGGUGUGCUGGCACGUCCAUAAGGCAGCACAAGCGCCCGCCUUACGCCGCACCGGCCCUUUGGGCGCUAGAUCGGAGUGACCGGCAGGAGGUGGGUACACAGUGCUCCCUCCUGACAGGCACUCUGUGUAGCGUGGCGGAGCAGUGCACAUCGCCAUACAGAAACUUAUGUUUCCUGUACCCGGCUGGACUGAAAGGAAGUGCUCACAGAGAGAGCACUUCCUGUCAGUCCGGCCUGGUACAGGAGACUGAAUCUCCUGUACCGCGGUGCGCACUGCUCCGUUCGGCCACGCUACCAGGAGACACACUGGGGAGCGGUGACCAAGGAGGGGAAAGAAAGAGAGGGGCACUAAGGGACAGGGACGGGGGUACUAUGGGACGGGGAGGGGGGGAAUGGUAAGGAACACUAUGGGGGAGGAGGGAUGUAAAGGAACACCAUGGGACAGGGGAGGGGGAGAAGAAAACUAUGGGACAGGGAAAGGGGGGUAAAGAACACUAUGGGACAAGGGAGGAGGGGGAAGAACACUAGGGGAUAGAGAGGAACAUUAAGGGAGGACACUAAGGUACAGGAAAGGGAAAAGGAACACUGGGGUAGGAAGGACCACUAAAAGAGCAAGGAGAGGAACAUUAAGGGGAAUGGGGGGGCACUAAGGGACAGGUAUGGAUUCAGGGGUGGGGGGAGUUCCUACCGCACAUAUUUACACACAAACAUACUGCAUCCACUACACAAACACACACUGAAUCCACUACCCACACUGGAUCCACUACACAAAUGCACACAUUGCAUCCACUACACAAACACACACACACACACACACACUGCAUUUACUAAUCAAAUACUCUCACUGCAUCCACUACAAACACAUAUAAAUAUUCUUGAAAACAUUAAAAAAAGAAAAGAAAAAUCUGACUGGCAUGUAAAUUUUGUGCCUUUACCACUUAUAAAAAAGAUAUCGGCUCUAAAAAACUGUCUUAUUUUGCACACUGAUAAUUUAUUGUGAUUCAGUUGUUGGCACCUACUGCAGGAUGCUGAUAGCUGAGAUUAAAUUUAGACUUGCUGUGUUCAUAGAGCCCUGUCCAGUUGGUUUUUGAUUCUCUAAGCAUCCACUUAGAAAAUAUAGGCGUAUCAGCAGUGCUCAUAAUUACAACUCACCCACUAGCCAUUUACAAGUGAAAAAGCCUUGUGUAUCAGGAUACAAUGAGUACAAUAAAUGUUGGAAACUAAAAUAUUACGUUUUUUUGUUUUUUUAAUUAACUUUAUUUGUGUAUUUUUAAAUGCAUUAUCUAUAUCAGGGGUAGUCAACCUUUUAAUACAUACCGCCCACUUUUGUAUCUUGAUGGUUGAUGGUAAAAUUUCCUUACCGCCCACCAGUGCCGCAGUAACUAAUUUUAUAGUGCAAGUGCAAUAUAUUUUUUAUUUUUUGAAAGUAUUUUUUUUUUUUUUUUUUAAUAUGUACUUUGUUUCCUGUGAGUGUGUGUAUGUGUGUGUGUGUGAUUGAACCUCUUUGUGUGAGGGGUGCAGUGUAUGAUAAAGAUGCAGUGUGUGUGUGUGUGAGGGUGGCAGUGUGUUUGAGGGGCCCACCCAGGCCCUUCCCUCCCUCUGCUGGAAGUAAGUGCCAGAUCUUUGAUCUCCUCACUAGCCCGAGAGGGUAUACAGCAAGGCUGGCUUUGCUUGGGCCGGCAGGGUAGAUGAAAGGAUCUCCCCUGCCAGCCUUGGUCCACGGCCAUCGAGGCCCACUGGGCAUUUUCUGCAGAACCCACCACCACCCACCUGAAAUCCCAAAUUGCCCAAUAGUGGACAGCAGGGACCAGGUUGACUACCCUGAUCUAUAUAAUGCUUUUAAAAGAAGGGGUUAACUUCAGCGCAGAGUUUACCAACUUCAACUUACCAGAAUCAACUUAUUAUUGGUACUGUCAAUACAACAAGACAUCACCUAUAACACAUUUUGAUUUAGGAAUAUGAUCUGCCCUUUCUUAAAGAUAUUUACUGUAUAUGUUAUAUGGAGUGCAUUCUAUAUCGUUAGCAGGAAAAUAUAGUCACCAGAACAACUACAGCUUAUUGUAUUUGUUCUCGUGAGUAGAAUCAUUACCUUCAGGCUUUUUGCUGUAAACACUGUCUUGAAAAUGCACUAUUUACAUUACAGCUUAGUGAUAACUUCACUGGCCACUCCUCAGAUGGCUACUAGAGGUGCUUCCUCGGGCAGUGCUGCAGAGUAAGCAGCACUGCCGUUCAGUGUCUCCGCCCUCUGCAUGCAAACACUGAACUGUCCUCAUAGAGAUGCAUUGAUUCAAUGCAUCUCUAUGAGGAGGUGCUGAUUUGCCAAGCUGGUGUUUGGCCCUGCCUCCUUGUCGAUUUUUAGCUAAUCCAUUGCUCCGCUUUCGAUUGGCUGAAUAACUUCUGAUGAUGUCAGCAAGGAGGCAGAUCGAAGGCAAGGCCACGCCGGCAGACUCGUGCCACGCUGGAAAAAAGGUAAAUUUUAUUACCUUUUAAGUGGUCUUAGGGGGGGUGGGGGCAAGCUACCUAAAUGGUGGUUUUAACACUACCAGGAUUACAUGUUUGUGUUCCUGACCCUAUAGUGUUCCUUUAAUGCUCUUAUUGUUCACAAUGCUGUCUAGUGAAAUAUGAAACCAACUACCUUGAGUCUCAAUGAGUAGCCUCAUGGCCAUGGUGGUUAUAUCCACAAAUAGUUGUUUGGUUCUUGAAUAUUAAUAAGCUUUGGGAUGUGUGAAAUUUCUCCGUGAGAGUUGUGCGAGGGGCCAAAUUGGGGAUGUCAUUGAUGAAAUACAGAUAACCUGUGAUGUGAUUUUUGGACUAUGCUGUGACCAUUUCAUGGAGAGUAGUUGUGCAGGGAUGUGUAGCAGAAAAUUAUGCAAUCAAAUUCUCUGCAUUACUUGUGCUGACCACUAGAUGGUGCAGCAGGACUGUUAAAGGUCAGAGAUUUUGAGUGCCUUCUAUAUGCAGUAGCUCCACAUGAGCAGGCUCACAUACAUUUGGGAUUACAUUUAUUAAUUUACUCUAUUUAUAAGCACUAAUGUCCUCUUGUAUUUCUGGCUGAUCCACUCUGUUUUUGCCAGGUUCCCGUGCAUUCUCUCACUCUCUGCCUCUAUAUAUGUUUGCCCUAUCAUUCUAUCUCUCUAUACUAGUUAACUCUAACAUUUUAUUACUCUAUAUCAGUGUCUCAUUGUGACUGGGAUAAAUGGAUAUUUCACUAGACCUUUCUCAGCUCGGUGAUGUUCAAACCUGUUGACCUGAACAGCUAUAUUGAGCUGAUAGCUGUCACGGUUGGAAAUGGUUAAUCAACGUCCCUAAAAGUUAACUGCUACGUAUUAAAAGGGAUAGUACAGAUGAGAUGAGUUAUGAAACAUAAACCGAUAUAAUUAAAAAGGGAUUUUCAUUAAAAGGUUAUUCGACAAACCUAUUGGAAAUAGCGUAAAAAAUAGGUUAGACGGUCAUUAUUGGAAUAUAAUAAAAGUUAAACCAUAACAAAGUUGGAUUUUAAGUUUUCCUAUAUUUCUAAUUCUAGUAAUGGUAGUAGAAAAGAUAAAUCACUCAUUAAAAAUGUUUUGACCAGUCCUCUUAAGGACCCAGACCUUAAUUUGAUAAAGUGAGUGUUUCCCCUAGUAACACAGAGCCGACACAUCAUGAGCUGGUUCUAUAGGCUCCAUCUCACGUGAGUUUUUUUUCUUGAAUUUUCUGAAGUCUGCUGUUGCAUUACUAUCUACACUCCUGGCAUAAUUUCCAUUUAUUUGAGGAUUCCCCACCAAAAGUGAAGUAUCUACUACAGGCAGGUGUGGUGGAACCCUUGAGACACCAACUGCUUCUGUAUUCUGAGCCAGAAUUAAGUGGCUCUGAAAUAUAUAGAUUUUAUUUCACUAAUAUAACAGUGUACACUGUUUUGUAUUCUUAUUUUAUUUUUUGUUUUUUUUUGGGUGGUAUAUAUAGUUUGUGGUUGCCGAUUCCAAGAGUCCAUAGGUAAUUCACAGUGUUUUUACACAAUACCACGUUUUGUUUUUCACUAUUUUAAAGAUUUGAUGUUUGCAUUCUUUCUCUAGUUUGUAGAGGGAGAAUAUAUACACAAGUGGUUGCUUCUCUGCACAUACAUGUUGUUGUAUAAUUUUUUUCGAUGUUACUUGUGACUGGGAUUAUUAACUAUAAAUGAGGUGGUCAUACAGGGGAUGGCUAGCAAGGAGAGCGGGGGUAAUUGCUCUGUACCACUCGAAAAGAGCAAAUUGUGGACUGCUCUAUAAGAUAUUUUAACAGUAUUGUUUUUUUUGGACUAUUAUUGUAUUCUAGUUAUUUUAGCAGCAGUAUAAAACAUUUAUUAUACAUUUAAGAAAAUAAGUUGUUUGUUAGAUUGGGGUAAAUCUAGUUGCUUCUUCUCCCAGGCCAAAUAUAGACAUUCCUUCCCCAUGACCUUUAGGGAAAUAAACUUGUAUCAUCAUGUUGUUGUUGUUGUUUUUUUUUUUAUAAUUCUUUAUUUUUCUUGUGCAUACUUUUACAAACAGGCCUGUAGCGCCACGACAGCGAGUACAAGCUUUACAUUGGUAUACAAUAUCAUGACGGAGUUGUCAGUACAUUUAAUUUUAUAAAAUAUCACGCUUAGAGUACUAGUGUAACAUUCAUAUAUAUUAAUUAGACUAUGCUUACACACAUAAGUAGAUUGUCGUUGCUUCGUUAGCGAGUUUACUGACUGUUUAAGCUAGCCUCAGUCACAUUCUAGUGGCUGCAGUAAAUGAGUAUGCAUAUUGUUCCCUGCUUAAUACAACAUUACCAUUCAAGUAGUUGAUAACUGCUAAUGAUAAAGUUUUGCAUGUUGGUUAAUGAGCUCUUAUUAGGCUGAUUACAAUAAUGAGUAGCCAUCUUUCUUAGCUGCCUAAGCUUCGUGAGAGUGGUUGCAGGUUAUGUUGGGCUAGAGCAUGAGUGGCUAUAUCAAACUCUAAAGCAGCCGUAACCCUUAUGAUUAGACUGUAAAAUGUCCACCCCAGGUGGUUUCCACGUCGGUCAGGUGAAGGGUCUGUGUUUGCCUGUCAGGAGACCAGUCUUUAUUCAGUGAGGAUAGUUUCUUUGGUGGGAGAAGCUUAGGUGCCUGCUGCACUUCUGAUAUUCUCUUGUUAGCUGGUCUGUCAGGUGUUUGUCGUGGGCUGGUGAGAGAUCUCAGGCGUCCCGUCUGCUGUGAAUGAUCAGUCCAUGCAUUUCGACUCCCUCUCGGUGCGCUGCUUAGUAUGGUAGGGUAAACCAGUGUGCAGUGACAGUUCUUUUUGUUUUUGUUGUUCUGCCGCUCCGCUCAUGGGAUCCUAGCACCCACUCUGUCGGCUCUCACCCCGACCGGCUCGGCGAUCUGUCUGUGUGGCUGCAGGAGAGGUGAGUGCGCUCGGCUGUUAUCAGGGUCACUUGCCAUGUGGUCUCCGCCAUUUUGGACACGGCUUUCUCUGCCUCAGCUGCAAGCGCCGGCCUUGUUGUGGUACGAUGGGUCUCGGGGUGGGGACCGGGAUCACCCCCACCGGUCCAAAGGGGGGGGGGAACGGAGCCGGACCCGCCUAACCCCGGAUUGCUGCCUUACCACUGGUGGGCAGGAUAGCCAGGCAGCGGCCGUCCACCUCGCUCACCGCCCGAGCGGUCCGCAUCGUGUGACUUGGAUCGCCCCUCCGAGGGACUAAAACUGCUCAGCAAGCCUCUCCUCGGGACCAGGGUGGCCUCUUACACCGGUGCUCGGCAGCCAGUUGUCAGGUAAGCUUGAUGCCGUUUUUUUUUGGGCUAAAACUGGAGGUUUUUACAGGAGCUACUCCAUUUUGCGUCCUUUCAGCCUGGCGGUCCGGCCCUUGUUGUUGUUUUUUUAGCUAGGAAGUGAGAGUUUAAAGGAUUCACAUUGCAGUCAGUGACAGGACAAAGGGGCAAUAGCCAUUAUUAUUAUCUUAUUCCAUGAUAUUCUCAAUCAUAGCAAAAUGGUCAAUUCCUCUAAUGUGUAAUGCUUAGCUUGGAACUAUACUGCAAUUAUGAUUUUUUUUUUUUAGAGGCUUCUAUUUUAAAGAAAAAUAAAAUCACUGUCUUAUUGUUGGCCAUCUGAAAUUUCACAGUGUGCGAAAUGUUACAAGUGAGUUUCAAUGUAAACUAACUGGCUAGUAUACCAUGUGCCUGUACCUCCUCAUAGAUAGUGUACCAUUUUGAUAUUAGCAGGCAGAAGACCAUUGUUCCUAUAGGUACAUCUUCUCUCUAGAAUACCCUCAGGGCUGGUUUGGAUCCUUCAGAUGAAUGCAGCGGGUAUAAUUUUGACGAUGAUCAAAUGAAUGGUAUGCUCCUGGGGGCCAAAUUCUAAUUUUGAGUAACCAUCUUUCCUUGCCAGAGCCCCUGGGCAGGAGGCACUGUUUAACAUCGGAGUAAUUAGGUUUUCUGUUAAUUUCUCCUUUGUAUAUUUAACUGUUGGUGGCGUAAAUAGUUUGUCAUCAGUUUUUGUUUUGUUUUUGUGUGUACACGAUGACUAUUUCUGUUCCUAAUGAAUAUGCUUUGAUGAAGUUGUAUACAUUGCAUCACUGACAUCUGCCUUUGUCUGGUAAAGAAUUGCAUUACCUGAUUAGACUAAUUAAUUCAUUUAUUAAUAAUUUGAAAUUGUAUAGAUAUUGUCAUAUUUUGUGGGUUGUUAGUCUUAUUCUAUUGGAGGACCAAGGCACCCCAUGUAUACAUUUGCUUGGUGGCAGCAUUGUGAUAUUGUUUAUGUUGUUACAGUUAAGUGUGGGCUGUGUUAAGGGGAAUUUUUCAUUAUUCCUGGUCUGGUGCAGAUAAACAGUGCAGUUUCAUUCCUUCACUACCAGACUCAAGUCACAAUAAUGCUUGGUGUAGUGUGCGUUCGUGACAGUUUUAGCCACAGACGGUUGGCAGUAUUGAUCUUAAAUAUUAAGAUCGCAAAACUUUGAGAUGUGUUAAAUUGAGCAUUGCCAGUGAUAGGUUGGCCAAAGUGGAGAUGUCAGUGAUGCAAUGUAUACAACUCGUGACAUGUACCAGCUGGGUUUGACAUGUAAGAUAAAGGGCGUAUUUUUUGUUUUGUUUCAUUUUUCAUGUUUAUUGUAUUUAUGGAGUAAGUCAAUAGGCAAUACAGCCACGGACGCUGUCAGCCAUUUAUUGCAGUCCUGCUUUGUUUAAGCCUUGACAAAUGUAUAACUGCUUAUCAUUGGACAUUAGUAAGAACAUUCAGUGAUUUAUUUAGAGCAGAAAGUGAAAAGUCUGGACGCACAUCUCAAAUAAAGCGAAGAAACAUUGUUUCAUAUCCCCUCUUAUCUAAAUGCCUUUUCUACACUGACUGCCAGGUGGUAAGAGCAGAGAUGGAGGUGUCCAGUUGCAAAGAGUACAAAGAGUACAAAAAUUGUGGAUUUCUACCUAUAAUAUUUUCCACCUCUUGUGAAUAAAUAUUUGUUAAAUAUGUGGAUCAGUAACAUUCCCCUUUAAGUACCAAUUUUCAUUACAUCUCCCGAAUUACCCUUGCUCUACACAACUUUAGGUCCCCUCUGGUCAGGAGUAUUGCUAAUCAAUUCAAAAACUUCACGUAAUCAAGAGGUAGGGGGCUGUCAUGAGUUCAUCUUGCACAAGCACCAGGCAUCUAAAGAUGCACUCUGGGUCUGUUUUGGCCGUUGAAAUUCUGCAUAGCCUUAGCUGAUGGUGGAGCUAACCAAACAGGGCAUAAAUAUGGCUGCCGUCAUGGGAACAAGGGUAAGCCAGGAGACGUACUUUAAAGUUAAAGGGAAAUUGUGGUGCUAGGGAAAAAAAAACUGCUUUUUCAGCACUAUUGGGUCUCAGUCAUAAUUGUUUUGUCUAUUAAAUCAGUAGACUGGACAAUAAAUGGAUCCAUAUAUCGAUUUAAGCAACAAAAUAAAGUAUUUCUUACUGCAGUAAAUGCCUGGUGGCGGUCCAUUUUAUAUUACUUGGUCCCAGUUCUCUAUAGAAUUCUUACUUUAUUAUAUGGCGUUGAUGGUUUGCCUAUAUAUUCUCCAGCCCUAGACUUCUCUGUAUUUAUGAAUUAAAGAUUCACAGUUGUCCCUGAUUUAUUUUAAAUUGAAUCCCUGUUUUAUUUCCUUCUCCAUGUCCUGUUUUGUUUAGUUUUUUUCCUUCUUUCAUACUCUUGAAUCAUUUUUUCUAUUUCUUGGCUUUUAUAAGUUUAACUGUACUCCUGUUUAUAUGUUUCCCCUAUUUACCUUAUACAAUACGAUGGAUAGACAGCCUUCCAACAUUGCUGUGUAUGCCAGUAUAGUUAGAAUACUGUAAAACAAACUGUUUCUAUUAUGAUACUUUUGCUAGUAUACUUGGAUGGAUAACAUAACACUUUUGUAAUGCAUCUCUCUGUCCUUUGAAUAAAAGCAUUUGAAGAUUUAGCAAGUGCUCCUCUUCCACAAAUUUAUAUUAAAUGCUGUAAUAAUGCAACAUUUUAUAACGAUGAUUGACAGACGAGAUUAAAACACCCUGUACCAGGAUAGAUGUGUAGAUUUCUACAAUGUAUUUUUUCAGACUUCCCUAUACCAUGUUUCCUUAAUAUAGACAGUAAGUAAAUACAGGUAUAUAUAAUAUUUAAAAUACUGGGAAUUAAUACUUCAAUUUAAACCCAUUACCAGUGCUACAAUGGCUGUUUUGAUGGCUCAGGGUUCACUGUAUUAUUUAUCUCUGUUCCAUGGUUAUAUAUACGUAUACUAAGCUGGGCCGAGGCUUAACAUUCCUUGGUUAAAUUGCUGUAAAAUAAAUAGAUGUCUAAAUCACAAAUAUGAUGGCUGGGGAGGGUGCGUACAUGUAUUUACACCCCCAGUAUGGGAUCUUAUAAAAAUAAGAAACAAGAAAAUAAAGUAAAUAAGUGUGCAAUUACUAAAUAAAUCUAUUCUGAAUAAUAAUAAUAACUAAAAUAAGUAUUUUUUUUUAAUUAAAUAAUAUUUAUUACAAUCUAAAUAUUACUUUUAGAUUGUAAGCUUGUUUGGGCAGGGCUCUCUUCACCUACUGUUCUUGUAUGUCAUACAUGUUCUUUUUAGAAUUAAAUGUUUUGUUUGCUAUUGUACAGCGCUGUAGAAUAUGUUGGUGCUGUAAAACUAGUUGUGAUUGUAAAUAAAAUGUGCAGGGAUUUCCCCUCUCUAAGUGUGUUUAUGGUAGAUCCACAGAAGCUCCUCUAUACAUGUAAAUAUGGUAAGAUCUUCCGCCCACUUGGGAGGAGUUUGCAUGGCCCUUACUUUUCAGGACAUACAGACAGAUGGUGUGUUUGUGCAAUCAGUACAGAGGGUGUGAUGUGUCUUGUCGGAACUCACUGUAUGCUGUGUGUUAAGUGUGUGUCUCUGUAGUGUAUGUGUGGGUUCACUGUGUGCUAACAGUCUUUGCAGUGUGAGAAGUCCCUCAGCUGGUUCCAGUGAUGGCUGAGUCUCCCCGAGAAUUGACCCAGAAUCCACUAAAAAAAAUCUGGGUUCCUUAUAACAAUGGACAUCCUGUACCGCACAGCGCCCAGAGGAAAGGUAACUGAGUGACGUGAGAUUUCUGACCUGAACCUACAUUGCAGAUUGACACAGUGAAAUACAACAUUACAGAGGGCUGCUAAGCUUUAAAUGCUGGGUCUGCACAAUGUGGGUCAAUGCACAAUGUCCGUCCAUAUCCCAGCAUCUGAAUCUUGCCACCUGAAGUUACAACGUUGUGAUGCGGAUGGGUGAUUAUUGAUAACUUAGAGCUAAGACCAUUCUACGCAAUUCUUUGUAGGGAACGGGUGUCAGAAUGAAAUGUCUUCAUUCAUUCAUUCAUGAAUGGGUGGAUAAUUUAAUUUAAUGGCCACUGUGCAUCAUAACAAGAGCAAUGAACCAGUAAUACAGCCGGCAUGCUCACAGAAAACUGGAGACCUGCUUAUUCCAAGGGCAGGUGUCACAGUGCUUGCAUUUAGGACGUGCAUGCUGCAGUGAGCGCCUUGAAAGUCUGCAUUGCACUGCGGCUGUGUGUUCAGUAUUGGGAAUGAUACAGUUAUUGAUGCUGCCAUGCUGUACGACAUGCAAUAAGUUUGACAGAAAGGUAACACAUGUGGGCCGGGUCACCUCACUGCAUACUUAGAACAGCAGAUUCUGCAGCCUGUUUAGAUUUUCAGCUUUCUUCGUUUAAUUUCAUUUAUUUGGUUUUUCUCUCUCCUUUGAAAACAGCAUUGCAUCUUUACUCUUGCGUCAUACCUUUUGCAACAACUGCAAUCUAUUAUAACUCUUGUGUCAAAUUAUAAACUGAGUCUGAAUAAGAACUAUUAAAUAUGUUGUAUUUUUUUAACAGAUGUUCAAAGCACAUUUUUUUUUAACAGCUUUUUAAAAAGGGAGGGGGGUUUAUUGCACUUUCUUGCAAUAUACACUCCUAAUUAGUUCACUAAAUAUAAACCACAGAUAGAUUACUAUUUUAGUUUAUUUGCUUUUCUGCUGUUUUCUUUCCCUCUUUUAGUUUUUUUUUUCUCAUAAAGGGACACUCGAUGCACCAUAUGUGCUGUAAAUUAUUGGAGUGGUUAUGGUACUGGGUUCUAUGGAUUGACUAAAGGUACCCUUAGCAAGGUCUAUCUGAUGUCAAAAUGUGGAGUUUCACUUCCUCGUUAUACACGGAAAUUUUAGAGGACAUAAGUAUGCAUUAUGUGGAAUGAUUGGCCAAUUAUCUUUCUAUUUUUAAAAGUUUAACAAUGAAUAUAAUCAGCAUGCAUUUGUUUGACAUUUUAUGGGUCUGAGUAAUGUGUGAAUAAUUAAAUAAAAUGUAAAACCGGCUAUAAUUUUUUUCCCUCAACUUUUUGUCCUGAUCUAAAAUUGCAAUGAUGAAUUCACAAUACCUGUGCUAAAUAGAGUAUAUUUAAAGUUUAUGGAAAUGCUUUUAGCACCACAACUGUGAGUAUUGCACCUAUUAGUUACUGGAAACUGUAGUGUUUAAAGGCAAGCUCUAACAGUCUUAAAAAAAAAUUCUAUAGACAACCCUCCCCCAUUCUAACCCUGCAGCUAAAACUAUUGCUGUUCUGCUGGAAUGACAAUGUUUUCAUUGUAGGGUUAAUCUGGCUCUAGUUUUUUUCCUACUGACAGCCACUAGAGGCACUUACACUGAAAUAGUGGAGAAAAACUCCACUAUUUCAUUCAGAUAGUUUUAGAGAGGACAUCUGAUGAGCUUAGCUCGGCGUUUGGCCAUGCAUGCGCACUAGCCUCCCAAUGCUUUUCCAUGAGAGAGCCUUGGAUUGGCUGAGAUAAUUGGUCUUGAUAAUUUUAGUUUAGUAGUUCCUUAAACACUCCAAUCACUACAGCACCCUGUAAUAGUUAUAGUGCCGGGACUGCCCUGGUGCACAUAUUCAAGUACCCUUGCGUUAGAACAGUAUUUCUUAAAGUUGAUCCUUGGUUUGCCAGCCUUCAUCAUCCAAUCCUGUCUCCUCCUGUUACUUUUGUAGACUAUUGAAAAUUCUGCUCAGGCCACUUUCCAGUAUACAAAGGUUUUUGGUCAGGUAUCCCGCACAGAAACCUUACAUGGUUUAUUCUGAUAUAUGGUUUGAGUAACGGGUUAUGUUAGGAAGGCAAAUGACUUUGACGUACCAGAGUACAUAUGCUAUUUAACUAUAUGCACUGUUGGAAUUGUACUUACUUUUUUUUGUCAGUAAGACCCGGGCUUGUACUCACUUUUGGAAUCCAUGAUGUCCUCCAGAAAUUUGCUGAGAUCCUUCAUACAGUUCUUCUCGCAUAUCUUUCUGUAGGGAAAUUACUGAGUGUAUGCUUGCUCGGUGUUCAUUAAGCUAAGAAUUGUGAAGAACCUAAAAAAAAAAGGCGAGCUGGAGAGGUUUCUAGUUAAUCUAUUUCUACACAAUUUCUUGUUCAGUUAAAAGGGUAUUGAAAUCACCAUAGGUACUAUAAUAAUCUGUAGUGGUGAUGGUUCCAGGAGACAUUCUGUGUCAUCCCAGUGUAAGAGUCCUAGGUUUUCAGGCAGUUAGACACUUACAUGGGUGCCCGCGGUGUGGUCACUCUUCAUAGACAUCACAAAAAACGAAUUUUCCCUUUCAUGUUAGCGUUAUCAGUUUUGUCAGACUUUGAUGGGAUGGAUAUCGCUAAUGCAGAAUGGGAAUUUUCCAUUAAUGGCGCAGUAGCAAAGGAAGAUCUAAUGUCCGCCUGGAAUGCUCCCUUCAGGUUGGAAGUGAUAACAUUUUGAUUAUGUAUUAGACCAAUUGUGGAAAGUUUGGAAAAAUAUUGCUUUUCAAAAGGAUGAAUUAAUUGCAAUUAAAUGUUGAACAUUUGGGAUGAAUUUAAGACUGUCCUAAAAGAACAAAUUAGGGAAAAUAUUUUACACACACACACACACAUUUUUUUUUGUAAAUCUUUUUUGUGUGUUCAGUUUAGAUGGACCAGCUUGUUUGUGUCUUCAAUCUGUUCACAAUGGACUGUUCUUUUUUAGUGUAUCUUAGUGUUCCCAGUACACUUUGUUCUGCCACAUAUACAAGUGGUUGAGUGCACAUUCAAAAAGGUGUUAGUAAUCCAGGAUGGAAUUACAAAAUCUCAGAUCUGAAACACCCAUCUGUCUAAAUGUCCUGCCGCCCUGGAACCAUAUUUAAUGAACCAAAUCUAAUCCCAUCAGGAAGAAGGUAUGCAGAGCGUGUACAAUUUUCUGCCUAUUUUUGAAGUAUUCUUGCGCAAAAGAAAUUACUUACUCACUGGCCCCUCCAUAGACGAUGUUGAAUGCAAAUCCUCCAAACUUUAGUUUAAAAUAAUGUUUUAACAUAUUAUUAUAUAUUUUUUAAACCUUAGAUAGACUAUUUGUUUCACCUGAUACAUUAUGAUAGUCACUGUGUUGAUCUUGUGUGUGUUUUUAGCUUUUCAUUAAACUGUAGUUGAGAGAAAGCAGAGUGUCUUUAGCAAGGUUUACCUUGACAUUGGCAGCUAAGUUUACAUUUCAUGGCUGUAAAAUGGUGCUUUUUAUUUUUUUCUUGGCUGACUUUUGUACUAUAUCGUAAUUUAUAGGGUAAAUGUUAUUCAGUUGUGAAACGUGUGCAUUGGCAACAAUAGUAAUGGUUACAUAAUCGAACAACCUAAACAUGAAACUACCAAAAACAAAAUCUGUCAUCACAAAUCUGUAUUUGUCUGUCCAAUAGUUGUUAAAGGGACAGGAUAAGCACAACGAUCACUUCAUAUUUAUAUUUAGUCAUAGAUGCUUGCCCUGUAGCUUUCAGGACUAUAGGUUCCCUUCUAUUGACCCAAGCUGACAUCACCCAAAGUCCUUUGCUUCUCAUAGGAAACAAAUGGAUUGGAGGUGGGCAUGCGUGGCAAAACGUAGCACUCCAAUUAAAGGGACAUUAGAGGCCCCCAGACAACUGCACUUAUUGAAAUGGUCUGGAUGCAGUGUCCCUGUCCUCUUAGCACUGCAAUGUAAUGCAUUGUUGUUUCAGGGAACAAUACAAUGUUUAUAUUGCAGGGUUAAGACUGUCUAUAUUGGUUGUGUACCAGAUAGCUAAAAGAGGCGCUGCCUGCUAUUUUGUGGAGUUUAACUCUGUGAAACUCGACUGGACAUCUUCACGUUUUGCAUGCGGACAUCCAGCAUCUUCUAAAACUCAAUAGGACAGCAUUGCAUUAAUGCUUUUGGAUUAGAAAGGCCUAAUGCGAAAGCCCCGUCAGCUUGAGGAGGAGGAAGCACCUACUAGUGGCUACUAGGAAGACCACUUGAGCGUAUAUUAUUUCUUUUAAGGGUGUUUUAUUUUAUCUCCCUCCUCCCCCAUGUUUUCCAGUAAUCUGAAGCAAAAAAAUAAAACAUUGAAGUAAAGAAAUAUAUAAAGUGUUCCUUUAGCCCCUUAAGGACACGUGACAUGUCACGGUUCCCUUUUUUUCCAGAAGUUUGGUCCUUAAGGGGUUAUGGUUUGUAUGGCUUAACGUUGAAAGAAAGAAGGCACAAUUUGACAAGAUACAUUUUAUUUUAUGACAUUGAGAAAAUGUUUAGUUUGCUGUAAUCUGCAGUAAAUACAUUAACCAGUUGUGUUUUAAAUGAUGCUUUAUUUCUACCGUCCAGUAAAACCCAUUUAAAUGUAAGUGCAGUCAUCCUGCACCAAAUAACCAAGCUAAAACUUUAAGGGUUGACCUAUUUGCUGGCUGCGUGAGACAACCUAAUAUGUUUUGGCUGCCUGAAGACUGUACAAGGUUUGGUGUUCUCAGGAGUUAUCUUGUGUGCGCUGUAUAAGGAAUGUGUACAAACAGGGCGCUGCAGAAUAAAGUAUUUAGUUCCUGGUUAUAUGUGCUUGUGUUUAAUUGCACCUAAAGUCAAUAUCUAAUCUUGGAGACCAAGAUUUAAAAAACCUAGCUAAUAGUACCACUUUCCUGCUUUUGUGUCACUUUGUUUCCAUUUAUUAAAUGCUUAGAAACACACCAGGCUGGAGUUGGUGAGGCUUUUUUUUUUUUAAUCCUUUCCUUUUAAUGAUUUAAAAUAUGUAAAAUAAAUAAUAUAAUUACAUUAAAAGGUACCCAGACCACUUAGUUGAGAUGUGUUCUGGUUGCAGUUCACGUGAUUUUGUCGCACAUGCGUGUGACAUCCGAGCGUGUUAUGGCAAACUUAGAACAACAAACUAAAUAUAAUCGCAAGUUACGCUCUGUGAGGUGGGGGGGAGAGGAUAACUAAACAAAUAACAAACAUUUAUUUGUCCUUUGCUGUUGGAAUCAGGUAGGUAAGGUAGGUGCCUAAGGCGAUCUGCCUCCUGGGACCCUACAGUGUUAAAACCACUAUCUAGCCCCCUAGAUCCCCUUUGCCUCCCUAAAGAUAGUAAAAUCUUUCCUGUAUUCAAGUCUGAAGCUGCUGCCUCUGCCUGUGAACUUCCUCUGACAUCAUCAGAAGUGGUGGCCUGAUCCAAUCACAAUGGUUCCCCAUAGGAUUGGCUGAGACUGACAAGGAGGCAGAUCAGGGGCAGAGCCAGCAUGAUUCAAACACAGCCCUGGCCAAUCAGCAUUUCCUCAUAGAGAUGAAUUGAAUCAGUGAAUCUCUAUGAGGAAAGUUCAGUGUCAGCAUGCAGAGGGAGGAGAUACGGAAUGUUUGGAUGCAUUUUAGACAGCCAUGACCCAGGAAGGAUCUCUAACAGCCAUCUGAGGAGUGGCCAGUGAAGUUAUCACUAGGCUGUAAUGUAAACUCUGCAUUUUCUCUGAAAAGACAGUGUUUACAGGAAAAAGCCUGAAGGUAAUGAUUCUACUCACCAGAACAAAUUCAAUAAGCUAUAGUUGUUCUGGUGACUAUAGUGUCCCUGUUAAGCGAGAGAGGGUCCAUUAGACAUUAACCUUACAAAAAUUGAAUUGAUGCCUGCAAUGUGUAUUACUGUACAUAUCUAUUCUGUGUUCAAUUUACUGUUCAUGCAAAGCACAUGUCAUGCUGUGACGAUUGCACUUACUCGCAAAAAUAAAGAAUUUAAAAAUAAACGGUUCACAAAGGACACAAAACCUGACUCCUCUACUGAGAUAGUGAAAGUUUCACUUUCUCCACUUUUCUCCAUGAAUAUUUUGAUGGCAGUCUGGGGAAAAACGCUCAAACUGAAGAGUGACCACUGCAGUGACCUGUGAUGGUGCAUUGUUUGUCCCUUUCAAUUUUUUCACCAUGAGAUUAUCCUUCAAAUCCCUGCACUGCAGGACCAUAUGGGUACAGGUUUGGACAUUUUUUUUAGUAUUCAGCUUUCUAAUGUAGAAAAUUAAACUGCUGAACUACCCAAUCCCAAUACAUUUUAUGCUUCAAGCAGAGUUAGAUUAUUGGCACAAAAAAACAUUUAUUGCAUGUUAGGAGGUUCGGAGGGAGGAAUAGUAGGAGUGGGUUUGAAAGCCAAGCUAUAAAUCUUUAAAAAUUAAUUAUAAUAAAACACGCCCAGCAUAGAUAACUGUAAACUAGUCUACACAUUGCUUGUUAUAUGCAGGCGUGAAAAGUAACCCUUUCUUUAAAGAUCAACUGAUAUCAUUUUUUUAGAACCGAUGCCGAUACACAGUUAUUGAUUGAUAAUUCUGGCUUAUUAUUGAUAACUGAUGCCGAUAUUCUGUACAUUUAAAGUUUUGAAAAAGUAGCAAUUUCUAUCUAGCGUUAACUGAACAUGCUGACACCAAUCGCGCUCCUAUCACUCUCAGACAACCAGUACAUAUUGGGAUAAUUGAGAACCCAGCAUGCACAGUGCUGUUACUGAUGGGAGUGGGAUUGUUGACGGCGUGUGUGACAUGAGGUCAGAAGGCGCUUUAUUGGCCGGCGGCUAGAGUUUCAGGACACAGAAGACAGCGUGUGGUGACUUGGAGAGGUAAGUAAAUUAUCGGUAAUAUUUGUAAAUUACAAGGCCGAUACCGAUUAACGGUAAAAAAUCAGAAUAUUGGCUCUAAUAAUCGGCAGAACCAAUAAUCGGUCUAUCCCUACCAUUACUUUUAAUGUCUAAUAUAUUUUUUUUAUUUACUUAUUAUUUUUUGCUUUGCAGCUCCACAGUGUUGAUCAAAUACAACUGUUAAAAUAUGUUUUAAACCACAAAAUUCUGCUUUACUCCUAAUCCCUGCUUCUGUAAAUUUUUUGUUUUUCUGGGUCUCCGUAUUAAACCUUGUAUCAUAUCACUAUUAAAGGAUUCUUCAAAUCCAUCAAUUAACGUUCUAGGGUGUUUUUGUGGAACUUAAUAAGAGGUUAAUAUUAGGGAAUCGGUAUUUGCACCCACUUGUUUUGGGGUAUAAGAACUAGUGGUGUAAUUCUAUGCCAUCUGAUAUAUUCCUGUUUAAACGUGAAAAAAUGCUUUGGAAUUUUAAUUUGAUUAUCCUGACUUGUUAACAAAUUGACUUUCAACCUGGACUUUGUAUUUUUUGCUUCUUCUUUUUGAUUUUCUUUAGAUUCUUGUUCUUGAUUGUAUUAAUGACCAUUCCAUAUCUUUUUCUGUCUUCGUAGUAUGUAUGACUAAUUGCCCCACCCUCAUUGUUAUGGUUGGCCUCCCUGCCAGAGGAAAGACGUAUAUAUCUAAGAAACUAACCCGCUAUCUGAACUGGAUCGGGGUACCUACCAAAGGUAUGUUCUGUAGGCCAAAAGCACAGAUUGGUAAUAAUUUGAAUUAAUGGCAGUAUAAUAAAAAUAAACCUAAGAAGGAAUAGUAAAAAAGUUGGUACACUACAAAACAUGUAUUUGUUUAUAGCAGCAUAAAGCUUUUUUACUUACUGAUCUUGUCCUUGCUUUGGCAGACUGUAAUGAAGCUCUGCAAAUUUCACAUCACAGUGUAUAUAGAUGUGUAGAUCUCAUUAUUUAAUUUGUGUUUUAUAUUUAGGAGUCUUGUCUUGGGAUUAGACCACCAAGUACAAGUGAACAGAAUGGACAUUUACAGACAUCAAAUGGAAGAAAAGAAAUAUGCAGGCAAACCUGAGGUUUCUUCUAAAAGGAAGUCUUUAUUUGAAACAAGAAAGUGGAGACAACCUUUUGGCUCCUCUCUGAGCCUUUAUCAAGUCAGUCUUUAUUUAAAACAAGAAAGUGGAGACAAAGUUUCGGCUCCUCUCUGAGCAAGUCUUGAUAAAGGCUCAGAGAGGAGCCAAAACGUUGUCUCCACUUUUUUUCUAUCAAAUAAAGACUGCCUUGAUAAAGGCUCAGAGAGGAGCCAAAACGUUGUCUCCACUUUUUUUCUUUCAAAUAAAGACUGCGUUUUAGAAGAAAUCUCAGGUGUGUCUGGAUAUUUCUUUUCUUCCAUUUGAUGCCUCCGGGGAUUGGCAUUCCCUAUUUGGAGCACCCUGCAGGAAGUAUCCCCCCCUUUUUUUAAUAGGAAUACUCUUGGUUUUGUUUUUUAUUUACAGAGAUCUAGAUGUAUAAACUGUCUUAUGGCUUGGCAAUAAGCUAAAAUAUAGUCGAAUCCAUCUUUAGGAUGAGGUUUUCCAGGAUGUUAUAAAAACUGUAGAACAGAGAAUGUGUGAUUUACUUUAAUAAACUAUAAUGCUACUGAUAUUUUUGUAAUGCUGUUUGAAUUUUUUGUGCUUUCCUUCUCUUGUAGAGUUUAACGUUGGCCAGUACCGGAGGGAUCUCGUGAAGAGUUUCAGAUCGUUUGAAUUUUUUCUUCCAGACAACGAGGAAGGGCAGAAAGUGCGAAAGUGAGUGAGCGAGAUUUGUGUGUAAAUCAUGGAGGUUAUACCUACUAAAGUAUACUGUAUAUUGAAGUCUCCAGCAAUACCUGCACAGCUUGUAUAGUGCGUGUCUGUUUCUCAGUGUUUACAUUAACACUGUGUUAGCUGGCAUACAUUUCCUCAGCCUGUUGGCACAAUAUCAGUAUGUUUGCAACCGUUAUUACCACAAGUUGCUGUAUGGCUUUACAUGUGGUCAUUAUCGGCAUAGAUUCAUUGCCUAUGGUAUUCCUGGCAGAGAGGGUUUUAGAUUCUUCUGAGGCCUUUUGCACCAUGUCCUGUGACCAGAUUGCACACAAAGCAUUCUGUGUCCAGUCAACAGCUAAAUCAGUCCCCCCCACUUUCUACAAAUCACCUGUUGCACUAUAAAGUAUAACUAUUUUAAUGCUAGAUGUACUGUCUCCAUUGUGCAAAUGUAUAAACCUGCAGAACUCUACAAAUUGCAUCAGGUUGUUUAGCAAACUGUCCUAUUUGUAAAACAGGCAAAAGUCAAUUUCUACAUAUAUCUUGUUUGUGUUGUUGUUGCAGGCAGUGUGCCAUAUUGGCUUUAAAUGAUGUUGGGCGCUAUCUGGGAGAGGAAGGUGGUCACGUAGCAGUAAGUAUUUAGCAAGUUGUAGCUAAAUAUCUGUAUUUUUAUGUAACGUAACUGUAGUUCCUCUAUAUUUUGAUAUAAACUCGGCUUCCCUUUUACUUAAAUGAACAGUAUGAUAAUACAUUUUUGUUUUUAAAUCCAUGUUAAAAACAUCAGUAAAAAAAUAACUUCAUCCAGAAAAGACUAUGAUGACUCACCUACUAUAGCAGUGGUUCCCAACCCAGUACUCAAGUACCCCCUACCAGUCCAGGAUUUAGGGAUUAGCCUGUUGUGUCUAAAGGUUUUUUUUUUUUUCUAAGAACACCUUAGACAAAACUGAGCAAUCCCUAAAUCCUGGACUGUUAGGGGGUACUUGAGGACUGGGUUAUGAACCACUGUACUGUAGGAAUUUACUAUAGGGUAUUUACUUUAUGCCAAAUAUUUUAUGUGCUGCUGUCGCUUUAAAUUUCCACUAGAAGAGAUGACUUUUCCAGUGCUUUAUUUAAGAUUAUUACCACACUUCUGAAAAUGCUCCUGGCUGUGUUGCUGAUUAAAAUUCACAGACUAUUAUUAAACAAGACCGAGAGAGGUUUGCUAAUUGCUAAGAAAUACAGGUCUGAUAUAUUUAUGCAUCAUUUCUUUCUCCAUCAGGUUUUUGAUGCAACAAACACAACUAGGGAAAGAAGGGAAACUAUCCUCAAAUUUGCAGAUCAGAACGGUUUCAAAGUAAGUUUGUGUUAUAGCUUUAUUCAAACAAGUCUCAAUAACCAAUGUUAAUCUGUAAUAUUCUAGUCUACUAUUUGUCACUGAUCCUAGGCUUAUUAUAAUGGUGCAAAUUAGUCUAUUAAAUAGUAUUCCUCACAUGGCUCUUGGUUCUUGAAGCCUGCAUAAAAUUUUACGUCAUUAUAUAAUGAGCGUAAUUAACAAACCCCAACACUAGGUGGGACUACAGCUGCGGUAUAUGGUUGAAUAUAAUGAACACUCUCCCUUAUUCAGACACUUUGCUACAAUCAUGCUUUUUUUUUUAUAUUCUGUAUAUAAAUCCACUUUCUUUCUUACCCCCAUUAAUAUUUAAUUCCAUUGAAUCCUGCUUAUGUUAUUCCUGGAAACCACAUGAUUAAUAUGAAAUAUUCACUGAGACUCUCCCUCAAGCUUGCCUUCACUUGAUUCCCUUUUGGUAGGGGGAAAUAUAGCUUAGUUCGACAAGCCCUAGGCAACUGCACAGUUAGUUGUUUCCUGCAGUGGCAGAGCUUUCUCCAGUGCUAUGGAGGAAUCUUUCAAAUUGGAAAGAGUUUAAUUAAGGUGUUUUGUGAUUUUUUUUAAUUUUUUUUAAUUUCAAUUCUUAUAAUAUUAAAUUUGAAAAAUGGGACAGUGAGCUAAAUCUCCAACUGAAGAAAUGUUUCCCAAUCUAAUGACAUAAGAACUACUGCAUUAUCUCAUAAACACCAUCACGUGUUUACUGCAGGUUAAAGCCGCAUAAUGCUUAUGUUUUUUUUGGUUGCUUAAUGGUCCAGUAAAUUAGGGACAGCAGGGAAAAGAAACAUUCGCUAUCUUGUGGCUGUCCUUGUUAAUUCUUUACAUAAUAUUUUACAUAAGGGAAAAUGGGGGAAUGGAAGACACAAUAAAAAAUAAAAUUUUUAGAAUUUUGGAAAUCCCGCUCUGCUUGUAGACAAUGGUAGGUCACAUAAUAAACUUUUCCAGUGUCCCGCACACACUGUAUUUUAUAGGGCUCUGUUUAACACUGGCUACAGAAUUCACAAUUGACAUUUAUCGUUUAAACCCAUCUCUGGCAGAGCCACAUGCCAGAAGAUAACCAAUGUUUGUCCCAGUAAAAGUGCCUGGACAGUUAGUACUUUCUUGCUUGUGGAUUGAUUUUAGUGCAUCUCCAGCCAAACUUUAAAGGAGAACUACUGAAAUGUUUUGAUUUACAAAUAUUUAUCAUAUAACUUUUUUUUAUAUAUAUAUUUGUAUUUUUCUGUUUCUGCUUGAAGACUUUCUUUGUGGAAUCUAUAUGUAUGGAUCCUGAAGUUAUUGCGGAAAACAUUGUGGUGAGUGCCAACAUGAGUGUGAUAUAACCUUGCCCAUCUAUACCAUGUCAUAGUACUCAUCCUUUCAGUUAAAGAAAUGUUCAGGUCCAAUGUGAACUGGUGUGAAAUUCUACAUCUGUUUAUUUCUGCAGUUAUGUACAGUGGGUUAAUUUUAGUUUGUUUUCAACUUGUGUAGAACUGUCACUUUUUGUGUAUUUUAACUGACGAAACCUAAGACAUUGUGAAAACACAAACAUAGCUAUUUCCGCAACCACUUACGAAGAAGAUUAUUGAAAUUAUACAUAUUUCAGGAGAACUGGGAUGGGGGUCUUGGGUUUUACAAUUCUCCUACUAAUAUUCUUGUUGUAUUUAAUUCUCAGCAAGUGAAGUUGGGAAGCCCGGACUAUCUUAAUUGCAGCAGCGAGGAUGCUACAGAGGAUUUCAUGAAAAGGAUCGACAGUUACAAAAACUCUUACGAGACGCUGGAUGAAGUCCAUGACAAGUAAGUACUCCUGCUGUCGCAGUGAAAUUCAGAUAAAAAGACGUAUUCACUAGGCAGCUUAAGGAAUGAUGACUAUAAAUGUUGGGAACACAAAGCAUCUGCUUGUGACAGUAAUGAAGUGAAGUAAUGGUAACAUCGUGGUUAACAAAGAUAUCUAACCUGUUAUUUUGUUCAAAUUAGGAACCUUUUGGAUUAGAUGGUUCACAUAAUUUAUUCUGUAUUACAGGGAUUUGUCUUAUAUUAAGAUCAUGGAUGUUGGACGUAGAUACCUUGUUAACCGUGUUGUGGAUCACAUCCAGAGCCGUAUUGUCUACUACCUCAUGAAUAUUCACAUUACACCACGCUCUAUAUACCUGUGCCGACACGGGGAGAGUGAUCUAAACCUGAAGGGUCGGAUUGGAGGAGACUCAGGGCUUUCUAACCGGGGAAAAGAGGUACUUUUAGCUCAAACAGGGAAAAAUAUAAUGUGAGAAACCCUGUCUAAGCUUCGCAGAACAUAAUGUGCCAGCGUAAAUUUAGUAAAACCACAUUAAAGUGUAAUGUCCGAAUUGGUAUAUAAUAAGGGGUGGCUAAAGCUGUUGCAGAACAACAACAAUAAAUGGGGAAAAAAAAGGGUAAUAGGCGCUCACUAUAGUGUAUUAUAGACAGGCAGCAGUAUACAGUACAAGGAUUCCCAAAACCUUGUGGAUAGAUAGAAAAAACUAAAGAGGCGUAUACCGCGCCUCGUGAUUUAUAUAUACAAGAUAUACGUACAUAUACUCCCAAGUACUUCCAAUGGAUUAAACCUCGGAAUAAGAUCAGAUAAAAAGAUAAUAGUGCAAUACAGUAAACUUAUAUCGUGAAGUGGUGAAUAUAACUAUACAGAAUCCACUCACAUUUAUAUGAGCUAUAACAGAGCUCAACUGUGAUGCGCGUGGACGGUACAAUCCCCGUCUCAGAUAUGUUGUUAUUGUUGACACAGGUAUUUCCAAAGUGCAGUAUGCGUAGUAUAUGUAAAGAGAAAUAGCAGCCAAUAGUGAAGUAAGUACUUAUGGUGGAAUAAAUAGUAAGUAGUAUUGUACUUACAAUUUGUAGAGCAUUAAACCUGCUCUAGUGUGGACAUCUUGGGUGGUAUAAUCCCCACCAGGGAUAUGCAGGAUCCAGAAAGCAGCAAAAGAAUGAGUAUAAAAAGUAACUAAUAAAAGUAUUCUUUAAUAUAAACAAACAAAGUAAAAAAACGAUAAAAGUUAUAAAGGGGAGUCCCACUUAACGCGUUUCGCCUAAUAAGGCUUCUUCAGAAGUGUGGUGUAGCCUUCCAUUGGUUCCAUUUAUAUGUGCUUCUAAAUUCGUAGAUUGCUUACUGGUGUGUCUCUUCCUGUUUCCUGGUUCCAGUUGAAACGCACGCGUCAUACCAGAAAUGACUCGGUGUCAUACAGUAAUUCGUGCAUUACUAUUGCGCUACUGUGGAAUGCACGCAUCGCUCAGAAACAGCGUGCGCCGCGUUCCAGGCGCAUACAUCAAAUGUCCAAACAUCUCCAAUGAAGGAGGGGCAUAAGAAGCAGGCGUGUAUCACAUCUCCGUGCGUGUAAUGAUGGCUUGACGGCCAUAUUCGUAGUGGGCAUGAAGAGGAAUAAAAUUAGUAGAAUCACUGGAUGUUGAUGUAAACAUUAUACUAAAAAUUAUAAUUAUACUAAUUCAGAUAAAUGAACUACUAAGGAUGACUAUUGCUGGUGAUAUAAAACAAAAAAAUAUAAAAAUAUCACCAGCAAGCAAGGAAUAAUAGACUUCAUUCAUAUAUAAAAUCAUGACAGAACAUAAGAGAUAGUAUUAUGAAUAUGACAAACAUGAUAAUACUGAAUAGGUAUAGUUCAUACAUAUUAAUUAAAGUGCACUGAAAGUGAACUGUAUCCAAGUGUACAUUUAGGUACUUUAGUAUGAUUUAAGUACAAAAAACACUGGUGUAGUAUACAUAGAGAACAGUCUUGUGAAUAAAAGCAUAUAUUCAUUCGAUAUUGAGAUAGGAUUGUUGUAAAAAGAUUUAGAGCAAUGGAUAAUCAGAAUGCUACAAACAAAAGAUAAAAUAGUUCCUAAUAAAACUUAAUUAAAAAAAAAAAAAAAAAAAAUUUUUAAUUGGGGUUUUAAAAGAUUCUAAAAAAUUAUAUAAAUCAAAGUCAACAUUUAGCCCAUUCGGAUGUAGGUUAUCUAGCUGAUACACCCACUGCAUUUCUGUUUGUCCAAUCUUUUUGACAACAUCCCCUCCUCUCCAGUGGCUUUUAACAAUUGCAAUCCCAAUAAAUGUGAGGUGCUUGUGGUCAUUGCUAUGCAUACAGAAAUGGGCUGGCACUAAGUUGUUUUUUUUUUUUUAGACCUUUUUCUACAUUCCUGCAGUGUUCUGCUAUUCUUGUUUUUAAUGGUCUAAUUGUUCACCUGUUGUGAUCCUAUACCCGACACGAUGGGUCGUCCUGGGGGGUUAUUCAAGUUCUUAUGUAUUUUUGGGAGACAAUAUAUAACGAGGAUCUUAGGAAAUUGUAUGUUCAUAUAGUCAUAUUCUUUUACGCUUAGAAUCCCCAUGUCUCUUCCUUUUUUGCCUUUCUUUUUUAUUCAUAUUUGGUCUGUCUCCCAUUCUUUUAGUGUCUAAAACUUUUAAAUCCUUAAAUACUUUAUUUUCAAAUAUGUCCAAGGCACUGGAUUUAAAAUAGGCAGGAUAAAAAGUGGAUUUGCUCUUAAGAUUACUACUUCUAUAUUCUUUUGUAUUUUCAUUACCUAUAUUAGCACUUUCAUUAGUAUUGGUAUUAUUUUUGUUAAUAUAGAAACGUUUUACGGUGGCAUUCCUUACAAAUUUGUUAACGUCUAUAUAGGCAAGGAAGGGAUUAUAUAGUUUAGUGGGGGCGAAUUUUAAGCUUCGUUUCAGAACAUUGAUCUCAGUUGUAUUUAGAACUUUGUCCGAUAGUUUGAAAAUACCAGUGGGUGUCUUUUCUGAUCUAAAAACCUUCUAACCUUCCUUUGUUGUUGCCUUCUGCCUGAUAUCCUUCCUCUAAUUCUCUAUUGCGGCUUUUUAUAGGUGUAAUAUUGAGACGAUGGGUCUGUCUUUCUCUGUUGGACGGAAUUUCUAAAAAAGAAGUUUCAUCAAAUUGCUCGCAAAAGGAUAAGGCAUGGUAUCUAUUGUUUCUGAUUGGAUCGUGUGGUGAUACUGGUCUUGUCUCAUCUUGUCUUUUAUAGGGUUUCUUUGGAUUUUCCCAAGAGUACUUUCUAUCUUUUUGUCUCUGUUUGGGGGAAUCUGGUAUAUAUGUAUACCUGUGUGUUUUUGGUCUUACAAUAAGGGGUGAUUCAUGAACACCAUGGUGUGUGCGGUGUUUGUGCCUAACUUGCUCCUCUAUUUUUUUCUGAAUGGUGUGUGUUCGGUUUAGCCUCAAAGGUUUUGUAUUGAAAGUGAGCGUUAUUGUAAUAUUUUGUGUGAAAUCUAUCAUUUCUUGUGAUAUAUCGUACAGGGGAUUUGUUUGGUGAUCUGUAGCGAUUACUUUAGUUGUGUAAAUAUUUUCUCUCGUGAAAUUCCUUACUUUGUAAUCUUCUGGGUCUAAAUUGAUAGCUACCGUGUGUGUUUGGAUUGUAGUGCGUUCCACCGCUUUUCCAUCUAUUUUGAGUGUUUGAUUUUUUAAAUAUUGUAAGUUCGAACUUGGUUCUGUGCAUAAUCAUAUUUAACUCGAUUAUAAUUUUGAAUUUUUAUCCUUUUUGUAUCCAUUUCUGUUUUUUCUACAGUUUGAUUUAUUUUUUGUGAUGAGUUGUAGUACUCUUCGGUAUCACCAAAGGGAAUCAAUUGUUCUCUUAGUGUAUUUAUUUUUUUGUCUAUUGCAGAUAGCUUUUCACUUUUAACUUUGAGACUUCUCAUCAAUCCAAAUGUGCAGAAUUCUAAAUGGUUACACCAUUCUUCCAUAAAGUUUUUAUUUUCAGUGUCUGAUGUGGGCAUCUUAAAUAAUCUGAGGCCUCUAGGGGUUAUUUUCUCUUCUAUAUAUUUAGUCAGUGUUGCUAUCUCCCACCUUAAUUUCAUUUCUUUUGUUAAGGAAAAUUCAAAUUCUUUUAGUAAUUCUUGUAUCGAAGACAAUUAGUGGUUCAUUUGUGUUCAUUUCUCCCAAACCUUCCAAUUCAUUAAAGACAUCAUUAAUAUUAAUGCAAACAUUAGGGUUGGCGAAGCAUCAUGGGUGGUGUAGUUCUAUAAACUCUUGAAUCGACCUCUAGAUAUCCUUGUGACUUGAAUCUAGAUAGAGACAUUACAGGGAGUGCAGAAUUAUUAGGCAAGUUGUAUUUUUGAGGAUUAAUUUUAUUAUUGAACAACAACCAUGUUCUCAAUGAACCCAAAAAACUCAUUAAUAUCAAAGCUGAAUAUUUUUGGAAGUAGUUUUUAGUUUGUUUUUAGUUAUAGCUAUGUUAGGGGGAUAUCUGUGUGUGCAGGUGACUAUUACUGUGCAUAAUUAUUAGGCAACUUAACAAAAAACAAAUAUAUACCCAUUUCAAUUAUUUAUUAUUACCAGUGAAACCAAUAUAACAUCUCAACAUUCACAAAUAUACAUUUCUGACAUUCAAAAACAAAACAAAAACAAAUCAGUGACCAAUAUACCCACCUUUCUUUGCAAGGACACUCAAAAGCCUGCCAUCCAUGGAUUCUGUCAGUGUUUUGAUCUGUUCACCAUCAACAUUGCGUGCAGCAGCAACCACAGCCUCCCAGACACUGUUCAGAGAGGUGUACUGUUUUCCCUCCUUGUAAAUCUCACAUUUGAUGAUGGACCACAGGUUCUCAAUGGGGUUCAGAUCAGGUGAACAAGGAGGCCAUGUCAUUAGAUUUUCUUCUUUUAUACCCUUUCUUGCCAGCCACGCUGUGGAGUACUUGGACGCGUGUGAUGGAGCAUUGUCCUGCAUGAAAAUCAUGUUUUUCUUGAAGGAUGCAGACUUCUUCCUGUACCACUGCUUGAAGAAGGUGUCUUCCAGGAACUGGCAGUAGGACUGGGAGUUGAGCUUGACUCCAUCCUCAACCCGAAAAGGCCCCACAAGCUCAUCUUUGAUGAUACCAGCCCAAACCAGUACUCCACCUCCACCUUGCUGGCGUCUGAGUCGGACUGGAGCUCUCUGCCCUUUACCAAUCCAGCCACGGGCCCAUCCAUCUGGCCCAUCAAGACUCACUCUCAUUUCAUCAGUCCAUAAAACCUUAGAAAAAUCAGUCUUGAGAUAUUUCUUGGCCCAGUCUUGACGUUUCAACUUGUGUGUCUUGUUCAGUGGUGGUCGUCUUUCAGCCUUUCUUACCUUGGCCAUGUUUCUGAGUAUUGCUCACCUUGUGCUUUUGGGCACUCCAGUGAUGUUGCAGCUCUGAAAUAUGGCCAAACUGGUGGCAAGUGGCAUCGUGGCAGCUGCACGCUUGACUUUUCUCAGUUCAUGGGCAGUUAUUUUGCGCCUUGGUUUUUCCACACGCUUCUUGCGACCCUGUUGACUAUUUUGAAUGAAACGCUUGAUUGUUCGAUGAUCACGCUUCAGAAGCUUUGCAAUUUUAAGAGUGCUGCACCCCUCUGCAAGAUAUCUCACUAUUUUUGACUUUUCUGAGCCUGUCAAGUCCUUCUUUUGACCCAUUUUGCCAAAGGAAAGGAAGUUGCCUAAUAAUUAUGCACAUCUGAUAUAGGGUGUUGAUGUCAUUAGACCACACCCCUUCUCAUUACAGAGAUGCACAUCACCUAAUAUGCUUAAUUGGUAGUAGGCUUUCGAGCCUAUACAACUUGGAGUAAGACAACAUGCAGAAAGAGGAUGAUGUGGUCAAAAUACUCAUUUGCCUAAUAAUUCUGCACUCCCUGUAAUGUAAUUUACAUGCAGGGCAUCUUUAUAAAACCUAGUAACUAUUUUAAACCAUAAAUGACCCAUAAGUAACUUUUAGUUGACAUUCUUACACAAUGAAGGGAUGUCACCUUACUAGAAGGUAUGGCAUUUUAGAUUUUUCCCUUGUAUUGUUGGUAAAUCUUUUCUUUGUCUCCUAUCCUGGAGGGGCUCACUACAGUCUUGCUUUCUGGGACCAGUCCCACCAUCCUGAUUUAGUUUCACCUAUUAUUUUGCAUGUGGGGAACCUAGGGAACUGUCCCCCAAACCAUUUUAAUGCAUGCACUCUCUGCGUGGUCCUGCAUGAAGGGAUGGCGGAGAGGAGUGCUUGACAUGGGGCUGACAUGUCCUCUUCAGUGGGCGGGCACUCCUAAUUCCCAGAGGACCUGGUCAUGAUGGGUUUUGCCAGUGACGCAAGUUGCCGGCAAUGACCCCUAGAAGGUCCUCCCACCCCUUCCGAUUACAUAUCUCUCAAUGUUGGGAGGUGUGUGUUGAAGCCUUCUGUAUUUAUUUAUUUAUUUUUAUUUUUGUUCAACUCAGCACUUUUAAUGAUUCUGAGAAAUUAUUUAGUCACACCUCUAGCACUCAGCUGGUUAAUGAUUUGUGCAUGUUUAGCAUAUAAAUAAAAAGUGUAGUAAAGUUCUGAAAUCAAUCCUGAACUUUAUUAUGUAUGUAUAAACAAGAUAUAGUAUCUGGAAGUUGAUAAGCUUAGACUAUUGCAAUAACCAGUCCCUCCUACCAAGAAUUCCUAAGUAGAGAGUUCAGUUUAUUUUGCAACGUGGAGCUCAGGCAAAGUGCCAAGGCCAAGGCAUUAACCCGUGCCCUACAAGAUGCUUUUAAUGCUUCAUGGUAUUUAAAGGCUGCAUACAUUUUUAAAGAACACAACACACAAUCCGAGGGUACUUACCAAUGUGAGGAAUGUUGGGAAUUCUUGCUCAUAAACUAAAGCCUCUUGUGCAGUCACUCAUUUCACUGCUCCACUGCUUAUUGUGAAGAUAUAUAUGUAAUAGUCUCCUGACUCUGGAGCAUAGUGUGUCAAUAUUAAAUGCCUCUCUUAACCUUAAAGACCAAUAACUGUGUAUGUUGUCAAAACAAUUUGUCCUUCAAAGGAACAUCCAUUUGGGGAAAUAAAAAAAAAAAAUACAUGUUCAGUAGAUGUAACCCAAAGAAAGCAUACAUGUAUUAUUUUGUAUUUCUGUGCCGGUGUAUUCUCCAAUCAGAAACUUCUGUAAAGCUCAUUUAGAGGGAGCUUAGCGCUCCUGAAGCUUCCUUUUUUAGCUCCGUGGAACUAACAGAAUUGAUAGAAAACCUUCGUAGCUAUAUAAGUGACAGUCAGGAAUGAUUCUUCUACCGCCAAUUGCCAAGAACUGCCGGAUAUAUAAAACACUUCAGUAUGGAGUGACUGUUUAACCCAUUAAGGACACAUGACAUGUGUGACAUGUCAUGAUUCCCUUUUAUUCCAGAAGUUUGGUCCUUAAGGGGUUAAACACCUUUGGCCGCCUUUCUUUUCCUCACUUACAACCCUGGUUGUUUUCGUUACUAGAUUAACUAACUUGUGUAAUGAUUGCUAAAAUUGUUUCAUAUCUAGCAAGAACAUUGAUGUGUAAUAUGUUGACAAAUUAUUAGAAAUUUCCGUGGAGACAUUUAUGUGGGUGUUCAAAUACCUCAAUAUUGGCACAUGUAUCUGGUGUAAUAUUAAGCCAUGCCAUUUCCUAAUUUCAAAUUUCCCAAGAAAUAAGGCAACACAUGUUUUUUUAACAUUUUCAUCAUUUUUAAAAGGAAGCAAAUUGUCCUUCUAGUAUUGUGCGACUAAAGUGGAAGAUUUGGACAUUCUUUCUCACUUCAAUAUCUAUUGGAAUCGGGAGUGGGGGGUGGAGGGGUUUACAAGCAAUUCAAAUGUUGUGUGAGUUAUAAACACUCUAUUACAAUCAAUCUCACUCACUGAUAUAUCAUGUAAGGAAUUAGGUGAAAAGCCAGUUGAAAAUUAUUUAAAACUAAACAAUUUCACAUUAAAUGUGCUUGGCUUUUUUAGAAUGUAGUUGUGAUUUUAGAAUAAAGUUACUUAUUUCAUUGUACGCCAUUGUACUCUUUGACAUACGAAUCUUCAGACCUGAGAAUUGCAACCUACCAAGUUAUUGCUUGUCCGUGUUCUUAUAUUCUCUGAUUUUGUUUGAGAUUACUUCAAUUAUUUUUAUUUUGUUUAAUGAUAUCCUUGUACAUACCUAUAGUUCUAUGUUUAUCCAUUUAAAUUAGACAAUUUAACCAUUAGUAUCUGUUUAAUCUGUUCCCUGCAGUUUGCAAAAUGUCUGGCCCGGUAUAUACACGAACAAAACAUUCAUGAUUUAAAGGUUUGGACCAGUCAGAUGAAGAGAACUAUUCAGACAGCAGAAGCCUUGGGAGUUCCCUACGAGCAGUGGAAAACGUUAACUGAAAUUGAUGCUGUAAGCCGACUUUAAUCAUUUAUCUUUUUAACAUUUCCCCUGACAUUACCUAAUUUGUGCUUGAAAUGGUUUAGGAAAUUCCAAUUUUCAAAAAAAAGCAGGGUAGAUUGUUGAUUUUGCUGGGGUUUACAUUAUUGCAUAAUGUUUUUACUGGAUUUGUUUUAAAACUAAAAUUUGGAUUUUGUUUUUUUUAAACAUUAUUUUUCCUUCAAAGUCUAGCCUGGUCUGUUGUCCUUUAUUUUUAGACCCUUUAAUGUGGAUCACUUGGUAAAAUAAAAAUCUCCAUGUCCUAAGUUUCAUAUAUUGUACUGAAAAUGUAAUGACCAAAUGGUUUUUAACCUUGUAAUCUGGAUUAGUAGCUGGCAUAAGAAAUAUAUAUUUUUUAAAAAUAAAUCCCUCUGUUUUUUUGGGGGGGGGUGGAGUUUCAUUCAUUGGUAGCACAAUAACUGAUUAAGAUAUUCGUAAUAUUCUUCAUUACAUCUUUGUAAUUUAGCCUGAGCAUGUUCUGGAGCCAAUGACAAAUGUCUGGCCUGCCUGUACUAGCCUUUCCUGUUAAUUCUGCCUCUUUCCACACAAAGUACCUACCGUAGAUAGGUAAUAUCCAUAGAUUAGGACUGUAACAUUUUCAACAUGAUCUCCCUCUCUUUGUUCAGGGAGUGUGCGAGGAAAUGCGUUAUGAAGAGAUCCAGGAAUCCCAUCCGCUGGAGUUUGCUCUGCGCGAUCAGGAUAAAUACAGAUACCGAUACCCAAAAGGCGAGGUAAGUUGGAAUCUGAGUGUGAAGGCAGAUGGUUGAACCCAGAGACCAAAUAGUACUUUGAAACCUAGAAACCUAAGCAACAAUGAGCAAUAGUAGGUCUUAAAUAUGUCUGUGUAAUUACUGAAAUGGAUUUCUGAUGGUCAGUUUAUAGUCAAAGUGAUAACAAUCACACAUUUAUUUUUAUGACAACACAUGUCACGUUCAGUUCAGCAAAUAAAGGGCCCCAAUGCCUUUAUGUUAAGCAAUUAAGCCAUCAUUAAGGCAUCUUAAUCAUUCUAGGUAAGAUUUAUCAAGGCAUUAUUGGAGCAAUCAUUUCACAUCAUUUAUUUAUAAGGAAAACUGUCCGUUUUUAUUUGAUUUUUUUUUUAAUAAGAAUCCUUGCACAUGUAAUACAAAGAUAUGGCUUUUUAAAAAAGGAAGUAUGUGUAGAAAAAGUACCUGAAAAUCUCGCACCUACACAUGCUGCAAGGAUUCUUAUAAAAAUAAAAAAUAAAAAUGUUCUGGUGACCUUCAGUUGGCCUUCAAAACUACCAUAAAGGACUUGAUAAUUUACUUACAACACUUUUCAACUCAUUAACUAACAAAUACCCCACAGAUGAUCAAAGAUAACAGUUUUGCACAUGAACAAAAAUACCACAUACAUCUGAAAUGUGUGGACGUUUCAAGUGCCAUCUGUAACUCCAACGAUGCACCUGAUGGCAGGGAAUUAGAUCUACGGUCUAUAAACCACAACCUGUGAUGUAAUCGGAAAGGACGCAAAAUCACCAUUUUGUUUGUUGCGGAUUUCAGAAUCUUGACAUAUCUGUUUCUAGAUUGUGUAUAUAACUUUGAAAACAAACAUUUAGCUGAUAAAGGUUUCUUACUUCAGCAUUGUCAAUAAAAAAAAAAAAAGUGUUAAAAUAUUUUUGGAGUGCGAACAUGCAAUACUUGAGGAGGUCCAGAAAUGUCAAGUUAAAGACUGCUUGCAGCUGCAAGCGCUGCAGGAUUAGUCUCAACACAGGGGCUCUGCUAUCGACGAAAAACAUCUCUCCUAUUUGACCGGAUGUGUCAAUACACCUGUUUGGAUUGUAGAUAGAAGAGUUUGGGGAUAGUUCUUAUUUGUUUUCUUUGGCUUUUUAUUAUUUUAUUAUUUUUCAAGCACAGCUUGGUUUUACUCCAAGCAGAGAUCAGGGAUAUGUAGAAGUAGUGAGAUUUUCCAUUUUCUGCAAAAUUUACUAGAUAGCUGAGGGAGUUUUCAGGCUUUAUUGGUUACGAAAUCUGUUAUGUUUUGUCAUCUGUUGCUGCUUUUGCACCAUAGCAGCCAUUUUUUUUUAAAUGGAUGCCAUUUUGCUUCAUUACAGUCCUACGAAGAUCUAGUGCAGCGUCUCGAACCAGUCAUAAUGGAGCUUGAGCGACAAGAGAAUGUUUUGGUUAUCUGUCACCAGGCAGUCAUGAGGUGUCUGCUGGCAUACUUCCUAGAUAAGACUGCAGGUAAAGACCACUGCAAUUAGCCAUCUGGAUGCUUCCAUUAAAGUAUUUGCUGAGAACAUUUUAAGCCUUCCAUUUAGCACAUGGGAAAAACAAAAGAGGAAAUACCUUAAAUGAGUAGUUCCCAAACCAGUCCUCGAUCCAGCAAUGGCCAGGAUUUGUUUAUCCCUUUUCUAUUCCAGUGAAGAUACUGAUAAAGCUUGAACAGUAACUGGUCAUGAGAACUAAUUUGGGAACCACUGCCUUUAAGGGACACUUAAGGAAGCAAAACUAGAAACCUUUAACAUGAAAAAUAAUCGUCUGUGUAUCUGAAAGUUAGUUGAUUAGUAGUUUUAAAAAAACAAAGUUCAAAACUUUUGUAACUUCCCCUCCUUCGCGUCUUUUUUUUCCUUCAAUGGGAAGUGUAGAGAUUAAUACCAGAGAAUAUACAGUAGUAUGCUAUAUAGGUUAAAUACACACAAUUUGCAUUUAAAAUAGAAGGGGCUUCCAUGUGUACAAUAGAAAUGAAGUGGGAGCCACUUGCACAUGAGGUAUUCCAUCUAUUUGGGGAAACACUGAGUGUGUGCAUGUCUAUUUUCAUAAAUGUGUGUCUGAUUAGUAAUUCCCCUAGUAAAAUUUUCAGAUGCAGGACUAGAUUAAUGUCCCAGCCUAGUCCUGGUUACAGUGCGUGAUUUUAUUUAAUAAUAAAUUUAAAAAAUAAAGUCAUAUAAAAACAGGAUGUCAUUUGAGACACUGCCAAUUGACCUGACCUUUAGCUACCUCUAUGCUAAUCUUGACUCAUGUUAGAAAAUUGCCAUCAAUGAGCUUGUUAAACCAAAGUAAUUUAAACAUUUUAUAAAGUUGAUACAUGUAUGUAAGCAUGCUUUCAUCUUGGACUUUAGCUGCUAGACCAUGAGCACUAUACACCAGUAUAUUUUCUUUUCCAGAAGAGCUGCCUUAUCUCAAAUGCCCCCUGCACACCGUUUUGAAACUCACACCUAUUGCCUAUGGUAAGAAAAUAAUUGCUACCUUUAUAUUAUGUCUUGUCCAACAGCGCCACCUACUGUUCAAUUGUUAAACAUUCUAUUUUUAAACAUAUAUAUAAUUUUUGCUUCUCUGCUUCCUUCCAUAUAUGUCUAAGGCUGCAAAGUGGAACCUGUCCAUUUGAAUGUUGAAGCUGUGAAUACCCAUAGGAAUAAGCCCGAGGUAAGGCCUAAAUAUACUUUUUGUAUGGGAUGAUAUCAUAUGUAAGCUCGUUUGAGCAGGGUCCUCAUCUACCUAUUGUUCCUGUGUAAUUGUCUCAUUUAUUGUAAAUUUCCCCCCCUUUCAUAAUAUUGUAAAGCACUGCAGAAUUAGUUGGCGCUAUAUAAAUACCAAUAAUAAUGUCUUAUUGGGAUCUGUAUUUGGAUAUUAAACUUCUAUUUAGUUUGAAAAUAGGGUCUACGAUAUACACCUGGAUCAGCCAACAUCUGUGGUUAACACAUGGCGCAAACUGCACCUGAUCUAUCCUGUUUCAGUGCAUGAUGGCUGCAAGGCCAUGAAAACACACCUCUAGAGAUACAAGUUCAUUAGUUUAGCCUUCUCACAAAGUACAAAUUAAAGUCUGAAUCCUGUUUUAAUGCAUUAAAAUACUUUAACUGUAUUGUAACCAUUUAUCCAUCUUCCAGUUUAUAUUGUGUCUCACACCUUUACCAGUCCAUGCUUGUAUAGUCAUCACUUCUACGCCACGGCAUUGAUAAGAUGUUGUGCUUCAUUGUGUCUGUGAUUCUGCUUGUAGAACGUAGAUAUAUCUCGGCCACCAGAAGCUGCCCUGGUUACUGUGCCCGAUCCCCACGGACCAUCCAACCCGGGUGCUGAUUUUAUCAUUUAUCUAUUGCUUCUAAAACCAGCUGUCCAUGAUAUUAAAUUAUCCCAAUCCUGCACCAAUUUGCAAUUCAGGCAAUUAAUUUAUCAAAAUUUAUAUUUAAAAAAAAAAAUAAAAUUAAUAAUUCUAAAAUAAUAAACCUGUAAUUACUUGUUUAAAGGAAAUGUUCUGUAUAUUUUAAAGGUUCUCUACAAAUACCAAUCUGUGUUAUUUUGGUCAUUAAAGCAUUGAGACUUGCAAUAGGCAAGGCAUUGAACCUGUCCAGGAAGUGAGUGGGGGAAAAAAAAUCAUUUUGUUUUUGUAGUGAGUUAAGCUGCACGUAACCGUGAGUCCUGAUGAUCAUAGGGUUAUUUACCAAUAGGAUUAUUCAUUAAAGUUAGAAUUGCCAGGAUUUCAAUGAAUUGCAAAUUUAAGGCCAAAAUAGCCGAAUGGAAAAAACUCUCCAGUUUGGCGACUUUGCCCUCAAAUUUGAAAUUCCCUUUAAUUUCCGGACAGUUCUCACUUCACUGUAUAACCUGUAAAGUGUACAUUCUUAGGAUUUCAACUGAGCUUUUUAGGUCACAAUAGCUCAAUUGGGAAAUAUCCACCAUUUCUAAUUUGAUUAUUGGAGCCUAAAGUAUAAAAUUCACUUUAAACGCUUGAAAAUGUGCAAGUUGGUAAGUUUACACCAGACCGGGAUAUUCGCUGCCGUGUUGAGCUGUCUGCUCUUCUAGCAGUUAUUCACCAAAUUUCAUUUUAAAUUUGAGACCAAAGUAGCAAAUCUGGAAGCAUAGCUCAGUAAUAGAAUUUAUUUUCAGUUCAGCUACUUUCACCUUAAAGGACAACUGUCAUUUCAACAAUAUAUAUAUAUAUAUAUAUAUAUAUAUAUAUAUAUAUAUAUAUAUAUAUAUUUUUUUUUUUUUUUUUUAUAUAAUAAUCCUUUCAUCAAGUUGUGAGAGGAAAUAAAUUUGGUGUUUAAAUUAUGUAUGUGUAAAAAAAAUAAAAAAGAAAAAAAGAGAAACUGAUCCUAUUAUAUGCCAUUUGUAUAUACUAGGAUACAUACACUUUGGGUCAGACAGUGUUUUAAACACCUCUAUUCUGUCUCUAUGGUCUCCUCAGCUUCAAUCCCUGCGCAGUGACAUCAUCAAACAACUGUCCGUUUCAAACACUGUCUGACCCAAGGUGUAUGCAAAUGGCUGAAGGAUCCUGUCAUAUACAGCAGAAAUGGAUAUAUAUUUUUCUCACUUUAAAUUUUUUUUAAAAAUCUAGGCCUUUUCAAUACUUGAUGAAAGGAUCAUUAUAUUAAAAAAAUGUUUUUAGGUGACCGUGCACCUUUAAAGGGACACUACAGUCACCAGAAAAACUACAGUUUAUUGUAUUUGUUCUGGCAAGUAGAAUCAUUACCCUUUGCAGUAAACACUGUCUUUUCAGAGCAAAUGCAGUAUUUACAUUACAGCCUAGUGAUAACUCCACUGGCCACUCCUCAGAUGGCUGUUAGAGGUGCUUCCUGGGGCAGCACUGCCAUUCAGUAUCUCCACCCUCUGCAUGGAGACACUGGACCUUCCUCAUAGAGAUGCAUUGAUUCGACUAGAAAAGCCAAAAUUUUGGGGGGAAAUUGUGUGAAGGGUUCUUGCCUCCACAUUAAAACAUACAUUUAUAAAAACAUUAGCAGGUGUACAAAAGGCCCUGUCUAUGACAUCACUUGCUGCUCCAGCCUGGCACAGGUCAGAGUAUUUUGGCGGUUGCCAUAUUCAAACGGUCGUAUUUUAAAAACUAUACACCCUACAGCGCUUUAUAUUGUGAGAAUCACAAGACCCAGACCUACAUUUUGAUGCAUAGUAUGUCUCUGAAGUAUUAAAAAUGAAGGCACAGUCGCAGUUUAGAAAUUGCCCUUCAAGUUUGAGCUGGCUAGAGUGGAGUUUCAAUGAAUGUCAAUGGACGACGUGAGUUGCAAACAAAUGGUCAUAUUGUGAAAACUAUCAGGACUAUGGCUUAGCCGUGGACAUUUCUAGUGGCAGCAGGGAUAGCUGAACGUUUUGAUAUAAGAUGGUGUAAGUGGGCUUCAAAAUGAGGGAGUGGUGGCAGUUUAGAAAUCAUGUCCUGAAUUUUCUGCUUUUGCCAGAUCCCACUCUAGUUUUGAACAUUUUGCUAUUCAUUCCUAUGGGACCAAUUUCUCCACAAGAACAACGAUAUUCCAUGAACCAUUCGGCGAAAUGUUCCACAAAGUAAUAGCAAUCCAGUCGGGAACAAUCCGCACGUUUCGGUAUAUUUCUGUCUAUGUAGUGUAAAAACUGUGGGAGGAGUUAGUGUCGUAAAUUUGGCUAUAAUAAGAAUAAGAACUAGAAAAGCUACAAUUUCUGGGGAAAUUGUGUGAAGUGUUCUUGCCUCCACCAGUAGUCUACUAUCAUUUAUAUAGCACAUUUAAUUGCAACGUUGUUGCACAGUUACAUUAAACCAUACAUUUAUAAAAACAUUAGCAGGUGUUCAAAAGGCCCCGUCUAUGACAUCACUUGCUACUGCAGCCUGGCACAGGUCAGAGUAUUUGGGCGGUUGCCAUCUUCAAACGGUCGUAUUUUAAACACUAUAAAUCCUACAGCGAAGAGCUUUAUAUCGUGAGAAUCACAAGACCCAGACCUACAUUUUGAUGCAUAGUAUGUCUCUGAAGUAUUAAAAAUGAAGGCACAGUCGCAGUUUAGAAAUUGCACUUCAGAUUUGAGCUUUGUAGAGUGAGGUUUCAAUGAAUGUCAAUGGACGGCGUUAGUUGCAAACAAAUGAUUAUAUUGUGAAAACUAUCAGGACUAUGGCUUAGCCGUUGACAUGUUUAGUGGCAGCAGGGAUAGCUGAACGUUUUGAUAUAAGAUUUGUGUAGGUGGGCCUGAAAAUAAGGGAGUGGUGGCAGUUUAGAAAUCAUGUCCUGAUUUUUCAGCUUUUGCCAGCUCCCACUCUAGCUUUGCCAUUCAUUCCUAUGGGACAAAUUUCGCCACAAGAACGAUGAUAUUCCGUGAACCAUUCGGCGAAACGUUCCACAAAGUAAUAGCAAUCCGAUCGGGAACAAUCCGCACGUUUCGGUAUAUUUCUGUCUAUGUAGUGUAAAAACUGUGGGAGGAGUUAGGGUCGUAAAUUUGGCUAUAAUAAGAAUAAUAAUAAUAUAUGUGAGAUAACAUUAAGUGGUCUUGCUAUGCAAGAACACUUAAUUAAUAUCUAAGAGGAGAUGCUGAUUGGCCAUGGCUGUGUUUGACUUGUGCUGGCUCUGCCUCUGAUCUGCCUCCUUGACGGUCUCAGCCAAUCCUAUGGGAAAGCAUUGUGACUGGCUCAGGCCACCACUUUUGAUGUCAGGGAAGCAGGCAGAUCAGGGGCAGAGGCAGCAGCUGCAGACUUAAAUACAAGUAAGAUUUUACCAUACUUAGGGAGGCAAGGAGGUGGGGGGUUGUGAUUUUUAACACUUUAGAUUGUAAUUUCAACACUCUAGGAUCAGGAAUACAUGUUUGUGUUUCUGACCCUAUAGUGUUCCUUUAAAUGUGAAAUUUACUUUGAAUUCUCACUCUAGUGAAUAAUCUGGUAUAUGUAUGUAUCUGUUCCCUUUGUGUCUGUGUGCAUUAUGGUUACUGUCAUUCUCACUAUUUUCUACCUAUGUAUCUAUGUGCCUCUCUGCUUGUUUAGACUUCUUGCUAAAAAUAAAAGAAUGAUCCAUGUGAUUGCCUAGGGUAGAAUAGUGUCUGUCAAAGUUCUAAAAGUCAUUUCAGCUAGAGAAAACCCCUCCUGUGAUGCCAAUAAAAUGUAAUUUUUUUUUUUACUAGAUACAGCCAAACUAACACAGAUUGAUGAGUUUAACGGUGAUAUAUUCUAUUUAUUGUGGAACAUCUCCUUUAAAGCACAUGCAUUUAAUUUAUAACAUAUAAGAUUUAAUAUCUGUGAUGGCUUAAUGUGCGUCUAACAGCUGAUAUAUAGCUUUAAUAUUUAACGUAUUUAUUUUUAGAAUGUUGACGUGGACCGCUCCAGUGAAGAAGCAUUGCAGACUGUACCCAAUCACCUCUAGCCUUGGGCUUGACCCGCCGCCCCCUAUUUUCUGGUUCAUAAUCACCUGGCAGUUCAAGGGUUCAAUAAUUUGUCCACAAAAUCAACAGCUCUUUAUCAUUCCAGUCCGGUGUAAACAUCCUCAUCCUACAAAUAUAAACACUCCAACUACAUUUUAUUUUAAACUUUUACUUUUUUUUUUUUUUUUUUACAUUUUUAUUUUUAGAUCUUUUUUUUUUAACCCUAUUUGAAAGUUUUAGCAAUGGUUAUAUAAUUUUUAUAAUACAUGAAAAAUGAAUACUGCAUUAUGUGCCGAUUCUUUAUGCUGCUAUCAACAGAAUUUUUUCACAAGUGUAUUGUGUUCAUUGGGUACCAAUGUGUACAAAGCUCAAUGCCGAGUAAUAACUGCAGAGAGGGAUUCUAGAGUCAGCUGAUGUGGAUUGACAUUCUAUACCAGGGAUAGGCAACCUUCAGCACUCCAGAUGUUGUGGACUACAUACCCCAUAAUGCUCUUACACCCAUAAUGCUGGCAAAGCAUCAUGGGAGGUGUAGUCAAAAACAUCUGGAGUGCCGAAGGUUGCCUAUGCCUGGUCUAUAACAUAAUUUUUCACAUACAAGGAGUCUGUGUAAGUAAAAUAGAUUACAUAAACCAGUUUCACUGAUUUUUUUUUUCAUUUUUUUUGUUUUUGUUUUGUUUUUUUAGCACAUGUAAACAUCUAUACCUUAUAGGCUUCCCUUCCUGGUGCAUUAAUAUCAGAUGCAUGCUCCUUUUGUCAGUCCUCACUGGGUGUAAUUUGACUGCUGGCUGAUAUGAUCUCAGCCAUUAAUCAAGUAACCUAUUGUGAAGUUUGAGGCAAUGACACACUGACUGCUAAUUCUGAUAUUGACACCAUGAAGUGAAACUCAUAAGGUAAGGAAUCCUCCUACAUUUAAACAUAACAAAAUUAUAAAAUUACACAUUAUAAGAAAUGAAAAAGAUUGAAAACAAUGUAGUUCCUUAUGGAAAUAAAAAUAACUAGUCUGCAUUAGGAAUAUUUAUUUUAGGGUAGAGUUGUUUCAUUAACCUAGGUUGUGAUAUCUCCAGCAUAAUGAUGAAUUCGUAUUGGUUUUAUAAUCCUAAUCUGCAGCUAAAUACUCAAUUGCAAUAUUGUAUUAUUUAUUUUUUGAAACGGAGUUGGCAUGGAUUUUAUUUUUUGAAUUUGUAUUUUUUGUCUAAAAUCUGCUAGGUACUGUUCAUUCACAUUUCAGUGAGCGUUCUACCAGCUGUUGCUUGGAGCAUGUGCUGUGAGAUUAAUGAAACAUCACAACCUCUGCACACAGCCAGCGUAUGGUAGUGGUUAUGGUUAUUUCAAAUGGCUUUCAAUAGCCUUUAGACUCCGUGGCACCCAGUGUUCAUCCUCAGCUUGAGACGUCAUUAUGUCCUUAUUAUGCUUUGUACACGAUUAUUCACAAAAUUGCGAAUUUGGGGGACAUUUGUAAAAAGACACCUUGGAAUUCUUAGCACUCAUACUUUAGUAAAUUAGGAAGUUCAGGCGAUGCAGAAUCACUGCAUGACUCCUCUGUCUUCUCCUGUUUUUGUGAAAACGAGAAUGUAUGUUAAGUUUCGAUGCCGGAUUCUAUUGUGAACUAAUAUUAACCGCAGCAAACCCUUGUCUGCAAAGCCUUUACAACAGGAAAAUGUUUCCGACGUUCAAUGGACUUCUAUUACCGUACAACUGUAUUUUAUGUCUGCACAGUCACCAAUGGGUGGCGCUCUGCACAAAUGUAUCACUUUUCUUAUUCCGUCCGUCUAUCUCUGCAUUAAAAAAUCUGUUAAUUUCUGCAUGUAUGAAAGAGGAAGUAUUCAUCAUAUACACGUGUGCAAUAUGUACAGGUCUUUUUCUUGCAGAUUAACACCAUUGCAACAAGGGUUAAAUACUAAUUUUAAAAUAAGUAAAAUAAAUAUAUAAUAUAUACACAUGCAGUGUGUGAAUACAUUCAAACCAUCAGUUUUUAUACUUUUUAAUUUUAUUUUUAUAUACACUCAUGUGUUGUUAUUAAAAAAAAAAAACAACUAAUCUCAAAACACAAUGCUUAAUGGAUUCACCUUACCCAGGGUAUAUUUAGUAUAAAGCCUGGUACAGAACUUGUUUGAUCAUCCUUCCAGAGUGGAGGUUAUGUCAGAUACAGACCCUGCGGUAUUGUCCAGAAGCUAUAGAUAGAAUUAUUCUCUGCGAAUGUAAUACUUUUUUUUCAUAUGCAAAAUUGCUUCUUGACUGUGUUUGUAAUUACAAAGCUGCUUUAAACUUGGAUGCAAAAGUAAAGUACAAUCAAUCUGUGUG